CGGAGAGCGAAUGGCAGGCGAGGGGGGCGUGGCCGGGGUGGAAUGUUGUGAAGGUGGAAUUGGAACGCUGUGUGCAAGGACCAGAUGCUGGUUAGCAGGAGGCGAGAUGGGGCGGCCAGACAGAGAGAUGAGCGGUCCAGCGGUUUAAGAGCAGCCGAAAUGAGGGAUGGAGGAGAGGAGAGGUGAAUGCCAUUUGUUGCUUUAUUGACUGGAGCAAGAGGGCCGGUCAACGGAGAGUGACGCGGAAUGAAUAAUGGCAUAGGAGAGCGCGGCACGCAGCGAUCCAGAGGCAGUUAGGUGUGCGGCGAGGCGGCGGCGGUGCUGAGCCCAGGGUUGGCGCCCCGCAGGAUUUAUUCCGAGGAAUUCUCCCAGUGCAUAUCAUGAGGCCAGUGCAUCUCGAAGUAGAGGGAUCAGAUCCCACGGGGCAAAAGCAGGCGGGGAUCGGGUUCUUCUAACGUCCGAGCCGAUGGAGAAAAGUGACAGGUUGAUUUUUUGUUCUUUCUUUUUUUUUAAGAGAGAGAAACAGACCCGCUCAGGGACAGAAAUAACUUCAAUCAGAGAGAAAGGAGGCGCGGGAGGGGGAAUAUAAACUAAAGGAGAUCAAGGGAAAGAGAAGGAGAUUAAUAUAUCAAAAACGCAGCUUAGUCUUAAAGGACCUCCAAAAGGCUUCUGUAAUGAGGCUGGGAAUGUAAGCUUGUUGUAACUCCUGAGUAAGCUAAAAAGGAGGGGGUGGGAGAGAAAGAAGCGGGGUCGAUGGACAUCGCUGGGAAAAGGGCAGACGGGACCCUCUCCUGCAUCUCAGACGCUCCUUGACACUUGACGAGGCGCCUGAGAAACGUGGCCCCGGAACCCCUGGCUCGGUGGGUCUUCCGUCCAUGGCAGAAGCUGCUGAAGUCUGCCGGUGCGAGUCUUUAAAGGCAAAGGAUCCGAUUCGGACGCGGCCGGCGUGUGAGGAGAGGCCGAUCCUCGGGUUGCAGAGUCAAGUAUCCAAAGAGAGGCUGAUCUAUUGAGAGUAGGACAGGGUGAACUCCCCAGUGGGGUGUGCGUAGCAGCAAGAGGCAGGGCUGUGGCGUCCCCGAAACUGAUACCGGGACUUAAGAGCAACAAAACAAAUCUGCAACCGCAGACUGAGCAAGAGAGUGGUUUGAAAGCAACAUACAAAAGGCACAGGACGACUUGUUUUUUUAAAAUCUGAAGAGGGAAGAAAAAGAGGGCAGCCUCAGUGAGGAUUUAAAGCAGCAGCACAAGACUCACCAGAAAGUUGCAAGGGGGGAAACAGUAACAAUCAUCUCAGUUCAGGGUGGUUGCAAGCUGCGAUAAAAAAAACAUUGCAUUGUGGAGAAACGGGCCCUGUAAUGCUUUGCCAUCUUCAAAGGGCAGGGAGAUAAGGUAGGCUGCAUAUAGCAGAACUUAAGCGGUGCUGCUCUGAAGGAGAAGAAAGCGUUGCCAUCAGAAUUCGAGGCACAGGAAAAGGAGGAAACUGAACUUCAAAAAGUGGAAGGAGCAGUGGUGCCUGUGUGUGAGAGAGAGAGAAGAUGGGAAAGGGUUUGGAAAGGUUAAUACAGUUUUCCAUUAUUGACACGCCUCUCCACUAGUUUUGAGAUUUGGGCUCCUGCUUAGGUCCAGUUGAUUUACUUGUAUCUUUUGAACCUGCCUGAAUAAUUUUUCCUUUCUGGGUCGACUGAAUGACCAGCCUGGCCUCCUUUUUUCAAAGAAAGAGUUGAGGGUUCUGUAUGAACCUAUGCAGGCCCGGAAAAAAUACAUUUUCAUGACUUUCUUUGCCACCUGGCUUCUGCUUUUCUUAUUUGGAGGAGACCAAAUCAGGCGCCUCCCAUUCUUCUCUAGCAAGAAAGCUGGAGGGCUAAAGAACUGGCCCCGCUGGGCAGAUGGAUUUCUCCUGAAGAACUUUGCAGAUCCUGAAGAGCUCCAAAGUGAUGAUGGGGACCACGCUGAGCUGUCCCUCAAAACCCGGAGGGAGUUGAGGAGAAGCAUCUACAAGAACAGCAGAUGCCGCAUGGACACUUGCUUCGAUUUUUCCAAGUGUAGGGAACAUGGGUUCAAAGUCUUUGUCUACCCCUUGGAAAGAGGGGACCCUGUCUCAGAAAGUUACCUCAAAAUCAUCACAUCCAUUGAAGAGUCGCGGUAUUAUACCUCCAAUCCCGAAGAAGCCUGUCUCUUUGUCCUAAACAUUGACACUCUGGACAGGGACCACCUCUCCGUACAGUAUGUCCACAACAUCAAUGAAAAAAUCCAAGGUUUCCCUCUUUGGAACGAUGGCCGCAACCACCUCAUAUUUAACCUUUAUUCUGGCACGUGGCCUAAUUACACUGAAGACCUGGGCUUUGACAUUGGUCAGGCUAUCCUAGCCAAGGCGAGCUUUUACGUGGAGAACUUCCGGCCUGGUUUUGAUAUCUCCAUCCCUUUGUUUUCAAAGGACCAUCCCCGGAAAGGUGGGGAGAGGGGCUGGCUGCAAAAGACCUCUGUCCCUCCAAAGAAAAAGUACCUCUUGGUUUUCAAAGGAAAAAGGUACCUGACCGGUAUUGGUUCAGACACCAGGAAUGCUCUCCACCAUAUCCACAAUGGCAAAGAUAUAAUUUCCCUGACCACGUGUAAACACGGCAAAGACUGGGUGAAACACAAGGAUAAGCGGUGUGACAAGGAUAAUACAGACUACGAAAAGUAAGUGAGAUGCUUUUUCUGACUCUCUGGGGCAGGUCAUACCACAAGGCAAGGUAGAUUUUGGGUACAGUUUAGGGCAGCAGUGAGGGAUGCCAGUGGCUAUGAUCAACAUGGGUCAGGAUCCACGGGGAAAUUCUGCAGAAGUCCUGUGCCAAGAGCAUGUACUCCUUCCAACAAGCCUUGUGCAAAGCAAUUUCCCAAUCAGCCACGUCCCGUUUUAAUAAGCAUGUGUGAGGUGCGAUUUUUAUUUCUCACCUCAGGCAUUGAAAUGUGUUGGAUGAGUCCUAUAAUUUGCUUCUAAGAUGCUUAGGUGGAGAUGUUCACGCAGUGAGGCAAACAGAGGACUCAGCAAAUAAAAAAUGCAAGUGUGACAGAAUUUCCAGGAUCAAAAAGCUAAGAUAUCUCGAAAGCCUUGUUACGUGGAUUUGUAGCAUGACCCUCAUGUAAUGAUGUGUCAGCGUAACCUUGUGUGAAUGUUGCCAGGUUUGUUUGCUCAAACUUCUUAGGUUGAGCCACUCCUCAGUAGGGUUUGUCCCUGGAAGCUGUCACUGCCAGGGCUUAGCUCUGGAAUGUGUGAAAUGAUAGUAAAGAAGAGUGUGCCUCUUAACAUGUGCAGAGUGUUAUCCUCUCAGUGCUGAGUCUCUGCAGCCAGCGCCCAUAUUUCUGAGAUUGGGGUAGAAGUACUGGAGACGGAAGGCUGUUUCUUUAUCCAAGCCUUGGUACUCUUCAUUUUUAUCAUGCAAACUUAAUGUGGUCUGCACUACUUUGCAUAAUUUACUGUGCAUAAGCUAUCUUCUUUAGUCUUUUAUGUUCUUCUAUAGCAUAUUGGAGAUGGCUAAACAAAUAUUUGCCUCCUUUUUCUUUUUCUUUCUUUCUUUUUCUUCUGAACAGUUAAGCCUGAAGGUUUCUGUGUGACUUGCAAGCUUCCAGUGCUAAUUGGCCUUAAUAAGAGUGCUUCAUGUUCAACACUGCAGGCAGCAGUUACUCUUUUACUUUCAGAUAAUCUGCAUGUUUUUAUUUUAGGCAAAUUGAUAUAAAUUGCAUAUCAUUUUCAGAAAGGCAUAGGGACUCCAGGCACUAGACGUUUUCGAUACUUCAUCUGUGACAUAACAUUGAUUCUUGUUCUGGAAUUAUUGAUCCAAUUGAGACCCCUUUUCAGAAAUAUUUUAUCAGGAUCUAAAAUGCAUAAUGAAUUUGGACUUCUGUUCACUGUCGCUGGGCUUCUUAAGUCAAUCUGUUAUUGCCAUUAUUAUUUCAAAAACUAUUGAGCCAAUGAAUGCUAAGAAUUUUUCUUUUAAAGCAAUUUAAAAUAUUGCACUCAUGUUCUCAGUAUUCUAACAAAUGACUCAGGGCAAUUAAAAACCCAUCAUGUUCCAGGUGAUGUAAGGCAGCUAUAAGUCUGAUCCUGAUUGUAUGCAUGCUUUAUUCAGAAGUAAACCCCACAGUAUGCACUGGGAUUUGCUCUCAAAUAAGUGUGAGUACGACAGCAGCAUAACUGAUUUUAGUGAGAAGAAGCUAAGCACAUAGAUGAGAAAGUAGUUAUAAGAGACUUAAGGAAGUCUGAGGCUGUAAUAAAGCCUAUGGCUGGAGCUGAUGGAUGUUGUAUAAUUUAUUUAUAUCCCAACUUUCCUCCAAGGAGCUCAAGAUGGCAUAUGUGGUGUGUGUGCCCCCCCCCCCAUUUUAUCCUCACAGUAGGUGAGAGACUUAAUGGCUGAGCGGGGAUUUGAACACCGGUCUCCCUGAUCGUAGUCCGACAGGCUUAUGAAGGCUACUGUAAUGUGGUGUACACUUGAGAAGGGAACAAGCCCACUGAAGCUGGUGGAAGUUACUUCUGAGUAAACAUGUGCAAACAAGUGGGGUGUGCCUUUGGAUUGUGCCCUAAGCGCAUCACUGGUCCCAGUCAUUUGCUUUAAUAAUAGUUGUGGUGGGUUAGUCAUUAACCCAUCCCAAGUAGUAUUAACCAUUGACGGGUGAGUUGCCAAAUGCUGAAUAAUCAAGGAGGUGUACAAGAUUAUCACUACUUUCAAGAAAGUGCCUUGUCACUAAACAUCUAGUCAUGGGCCGUCUCUGAUGUUAGCUGACAUGACCAGGAAAUUCUGUGAGUUGUUCUGCAAUGGAGUCUCUCCUCUUCCCCUCUCCGCCAGAUGGGAGGGGGUAUAAAAUAAUACAUUAUUAUAUAAAUUAUAUUAUGAUUAUGAUUGAGGGCCAAAUCUGCUCUGGAGAGUGCACCAACUUUCCAGAGCACAUACACAUAGGGAGUGCAUGUUUGGGGGGGGGGAGAAAGAAAGAAAGAAAGAAAGAAAGAAAGAAAGAAAGAAAGAGAAAGUUCUGGUUGCAUUUAUUCUGCAUCCAUUCUGUUCACACAGUGACACAAUUGGAUACAUCUUCAUGAUUAUUUUAAUUUCCUUUGGUUUAUUCACUUAAAGAUUUUUUGGCCACCUUAUAGGACAAAGUUCUGUCUAGGUGACUAGCCAAGGUAAAUUCUCGAGUGGUACCCCAUACAAAAAAUGAUAUAACAUGUAUAUAGGUACUAUAUAGCAAAUCCCAUUUUCAAAAGUCAAGUUGAGAUGUUAUAUUCUGGUCUACAGAGAGAAUAACCUAUUUAUUUGUCAUGCAAUAGACAGAAUAAAGCCCUGCCCAGACUUCCUUGAAGUGGAUACAGUCCGUGCAUGGAGAGAGGAUUGGAAUUGCACCCUCUGACCUCCAAUGUGUUGUUCAGACAUUGUGUACAGAGCCUCUUCACAAUGCCUAGCCGAGUUGUGCAAAAGGCCCAAUCAACGCCUAGAGGUCACAGCCAGGGGUACAAUCCCACCCCCUGCAUGUUGACUUUCUCUCUUGAAGGAUGCCUGCACAGGGUGUAUUAUUCUAUUUCUUGGGUAGGAUAUUAAUAUUUCCAAAAGGGAAGCACAUGCUGGCUGGGGCUGAUGGGAGUUCUGCUCCGAAACAUCUAGAGGGCACCAGGUUGGUGAAGCCUGCUUUAAAUGGUUUGGUUAUUUUAAUAAUAUUUUAUCCCCUUUUGCCAUGUAGACCAUUAGAUUCUAAAGCUUAGAGAGAACAAUCUAGUAUUCUUUCAAUUGUGACAUGGAGCUCUUUGCUUAUUGCAAGGUUUCCCAAACUUGGGUCUCCACUUGUUUUUUGGACUACAGUUCCCAUCAGCUAGGGAUGAUGGGAUUUGUAGUUCAAAAACAGCUGGAGACCCAAGUUUGGGAAACCAUGGCUUAUUGUAUACUGGGUGAGAUGCAAGACAACACUAUAAGUAGCUACUAGCCCUGUGCAAGUCAGAAUUUACUCAAAGGGGCCAGGCAAACAAUCCUUUGAAAACUGGAAGAUAGUUGAUUCCCCCCUUUUUUUCUCUUGUAUGUGAGUCCUGGGGCCUUUCUGACCACUCUUUGAUUUAUUAUUAUUUUUCUUUUUGGAAGAUAUUGUGUGCUGGUCAUCCUGUAAAAUUCUUCUUGUUGAUAAUGAGGAGGGCUAGUCUCUUUUGCUGAAUAUACUGGCAGUGCUAAAGCUUGGAUCAGUGGUGUUUAAAGUGCAUAAAAUCUUCACUAUGACUUCAAGUAUUUAAAAGACCUAGACCCCAGAUCUUUGGAAAAUCCAGGUUUGGGCAGAAGACUCUUGUGACAUCUUCAAGACUAGCACAUUUAUGUCAUAAGACAGCCCAGAGGCUGCUGGUGGUGCAGAAUGCAGCUGCUAGGCCGGUUAGUGGGGCAGUCUGACAGGACCCUGUGUUACCGGUUCUGAAAGCACGGAGUGAGCUACUAGGCGCAUCUCAAGGUGCUAGUGCCUUGAAAUUAUUAGCUGUUUUGAACUCUGCCUGUUUUUAAACAAUUUAGAUGUUUUAAUUUUUUCCAAAAUGUUUAAAAAAUGUUUUUAUAUUAUUUUAUCAUGGCAUUGUUUUAUUACGUUGGUGUUUUGCUGCCCUAGGCUGCUCUUGGAGGAAGGAGGGAUAGAAAUUAAAUUAGUAAUAAUAAUAAUUUUCUUUGACAUACAGUUCACUUCAUUAGACUCAGGAAAUCUUGUGCUAUAAUAAACGUGUCAAACUUUGAGGUUCCACAGUGCAAAGCUCUUUCUUUAUCAAGGUUUGUACCUGCUUUCCCCAAAUCCUUAAAGCUUGAGAGUGUGCAGUGCUUCAAAAAUGUCAUGGCACAGAUGAAAUUUCACCACAUGAUAUAUAUGUUGAAUCAGGAAAGCUAGGAGGUUUGAAUGACCAAAGCUGGGAUAAAUGAUCUGGGGUUUUGUUUUGUUUGCUGACCUUUCAAGUUUGUUGAAAUCAGCAGGCUUCUGCUGGCACAGAGCUUGACUCUUAGUUUCAAGGAACAUAACAGAUGGCAAAUAAUUUCCGUGAUCAUUCCUGUCUCUUCCACGCCAUCCUCAAGUACACCUCUACUCAAUUUUCUUGAUGGGGUGGAAGAAGGUGAAGUGUCUAGAAAUUCAGGGAUUCCCAGGCAGCUCUUUGUGAAAGGUCAAAUAAUCUAGCCAAAUUAAAGGCGCGAUAACCUGCUCCUAUUUUUCUUGGACAGGAUUCUUUAAAAAAUAAACAACAACAAAAACCAGACCUCCAGCCGUGAUGAAUCAUGCUUUCAUUGUGUGAUUGUUCUGUAGUAAAUAUUGGAUUACACUCAACCUAGAAAAAGCUCUUGGUUGCCAGUUCACACAUGAAAGGACAUCGCUUUGAUUACACAACACUCGAUGGCUCCUUGCCAGAUGUGUGAACAGACUCUACUAGCUUACUGUACUGGGUUUUUAGACGAUGCAGAAGGAAUAUGAAAUUGCUGUCUGUGGGUGCUUGACCUCUGGUGAGUCAUUUGCACAUGCACACCGUCACUUGACGCAGAAAUCCUCAUGUGAUGAAUGUGGAUGCACGAAGCAGCCCUUUUGUUUCAAACUCAAGACCCACCUGGCACUAUGUACUUAUUUAUUUCAUUAAAAAUUGUACACCCUUGUUUACAAAAAAGAAAAAUCAAGAAAAAUAUCAAGAAAAAUUAACAGCAACAAUGGAAGACUUUCAAAAAGUUAAAAUAACAAAGGACUAAACACAGAUUGAAACUCGUGUCAGCUUUCUAAACAACUAGGUAGGCUUGUCUAAACAAAAAUGUUUUUAGCAGGCGCCAAAAAGAGUACAGUGACGGCUCUUGCCUGGUAUCAGUAGGCAGGAAGUUCCAAAGUGUAGGUGCUGCCAUGCUAAAAUAUUGAGUUCUUACAAAUGUGGAGAGGGCAUUUUGUGGCAUAUUAUGUGCCAGUUCCACAAAUUGAAGCUGUCAAGUGGGUGUAUAUGGAGUAAAGCAGUAUCAUACUACUUCAAACAGCCAUGGCUACCUCAAAGAAUCCUGGGAGUUGUUAAGAGCACCAGUUGUCGUUAGGAAAUCCUCGUUUCCCUCACUGUCUUACAGUUCCCAGAAUUCCUUUGGAAAGAGUGGUGGACGGUGAAACCAUUCUGGGAUUUAGAACUGUGAGGGGGAAUAACAGGCUGCUAACAACUCUCAGAUCGGUGCUGUGCAAGCAGACCAGUAGGAACACUGGAUUGGGUCUCUCAGUGCACCCUUGUUGUGUCUGCUGUGCCCUGUCUCAGAAAACUGUGGUGCCAGAAGACUGGCUCCUCUGAGUGCUGGUCUACCCGCCAGCCGCUCCAGGAGAAAGUAUCCCGUUCCCUCUCUUUCUUCUUGCAUUUAUUCAGUAUGCUUCUCUGAAGUUGACUGAAAACUGUAUCUCAUUUUGGAAUUUAUUUCAUUUAUUUAUUAUUAAAUCUACAUCCUAUCUUCCUCCCUGGUUCAACCCCUCCUCGUUUUUCCCUCAUAACAACCCUGUGAGGUGGUAUUAUUAUUCAUUUCAUUUCUAUACUGCUUUAUGUUUUUAAGGGGGGGGGGGAAUCUCAGAGCAGUUUACAACUUGCAUUAAAGCAUCAAAUGCAAAGGUUAGGCAGAAGGACGGUGACCAGUCCAAGUUCACCCAGUGAGCUUCAUGACUGAGAUGGGAUUUAAAACGUGAGCUCCAAGGUUCUAGUUCAACACUGACCACAGCACAACACUGGCAUGCGUGUUCAGUAGGUGUGAGGAGUAUCUGAUGGUACAAUGAAUGAUUGGCAUCUUUCGUAGUGCAUUUAUUUAUUUGUUUUGUCAUAUUAUUUUCCCUUCCCACCUCUGAGCAUUGAGCUUACUAAUAAAAAAAAUUGUCAAAAUGAUGAAAACACAAUAAUUUAACAGAAUAAUCCAGAAAUAUCUAACAUCAUAAUAAAUCACCGAACAAGAAUUAGCAUAGCACAGAAAGAUAUUACUAGUCCUUAUUAAGGGAGAGGUAAAAUGGGAUGGUUUAUAACUUGAGCCUCUGGAAAUCUGAGGUCAUGUCCAAAUUAAUUCGUUUGUUCCCUGAUUGUUACGGGAAGUCCAUAAACCAAGCAGAGUUUCUGGCCCUAGAAGGUUGGGCAUUUUUAUACAAGAAUAAUGUGGAAUAUAUAAAUGCAUCAAAUCCACUAAUUUUUAAUUUGGCAUCUGCUAUGAUCUUGAAAACAUUAAGCAAUCAUUUUAACUAAAUGGAACCAUAAUAUAAAUAAUAACCAAGCAACGUAUUUCUGAUGUGGAUUUCAGCUCUUUUAAAAAUUAUUAUUUUAAUGUUCAUUGUAACAUUAAGCCGUGCAGAUAAAACAGAAUAACAAAACGUGCAAUUCAUUCAGAGGCUAAAAUUCGAAUCGUCUAAACCGUCUAGAGAAAAAAAAUACAAAUUAAAGAUAUUACUUAGAUGCCGGGGGGGAAGAAGAAGGAAGAAAAGAUAAUGAAAUUUGAUAUCGGAGAAAGUUCUGACAUUGUCAGGCAGAUAGUGAAGGAGGUGAGGACCAAUAGUAAAGCGUUAAACUAGUGGCACAUAGAGGGGGUCAUCACCAUUUUUACAGAGAGAAGAGUGACAUUUGGAAUUCAUAGCGAUUGCACAGAGAUCUAAGUACACAGACUGCAUUAAUGAUCAGCACUGAUUCCAGGUUUUGGGGGACUCCUGCAGGCUUGCCCAUGGCUGCAGGCGUUGCAGUGAUCAGUGCUGGAUGACUUGGAGCUGCUGUUUUGAUCUCCCUGAUAUAGGGAUGGGCGAAUCUGUCAGUCUUGGGAUCUGUAGUUCGUUAAGGGUACUGAGAGUUGUUGGAGACUCUUACCCCCCUCAGAUCUACAAUCCCAGAGUGGUUUAAUAGUCACUCCCUCUUUUCUAGGGAACUCUCGGAACUGUAACUCUGUUAAGGGAAUUGGGGGGGGGUCUCCUAAUAUCUCUUGGCACCCUUAACAGACCCUCCAAGUGUCCUUAUUUUCCAGGGACAGUCCCGGAUUUACAGAAGCCGUCCCAGUUUCUGAUUUGAUCCUGGAAUGUCCUGCUUUUCCUUAGAAUGUCUCUAUUUUCAUCUGCAAAAUUUUGGAGGGUAUGCCUUAACCAGUUAUUAUCCCCAAGAUUCUUUGGGGGAAACCAUGACUGUUAAAGUGGCAUAACAGGGCUUUAAAUGUGGGCAUAAUGGUGCUCUAAAUGUAUGGUGUGCAUGUGGCCUAUCUCUAUUCACCAGUAGCAGUCUACACUUUCUUGUAAUUUUGGGAGUGAUGCUGGAGGAUAAGGCUAGCAAUGGCUAAUAGAGACAAUGGCUAGGUUCUACCUCCAGCUGGAGGUAGCAUGCUUCUGAAUACUAGAACUCAAGUGGAAGAGCUCUUGCAUUCCUGCCCUGCUUGUGGGCUUCCCACAGGCACCUGGUUGACCCCUGUGAGAAUGGGAUGGUGGGUUAAAUGGGCCUUGGGCCUGAUCCAACGUGGCUCUUCUGAUGUCCUUAUAAGAGACAUGCAUGCCACACAUGUUAUUCAGGUAAGUAUCUGAGUAAGGAAAUCUCAUAGUAUACAUGCAUAUGAAUGUGCACAGUUGCAAUCUAAAUCCAUGCUGCUUUCCUCACCCUGCCACCUUUCAAGACAGUAAGAGUGGCUGAAUGUUUUUGAGUUGUACCCUAUUCCACGAUAAAUGCAAGCUGGUCUAUGGUGAAAUUUAAGUAAAUGUUCUAUGAAAUAUUCUUUAGAAACUGUUGUGGUCAGUUUACUAAAUUAUGUAUUUUAUUUAUUUAAUUCUAUGCACAAAUCGCUUUCUGUGAAGCCGCUGAAAGUGCUUAUCCAUAAAAAAACCAUCAGCAAUAAAAGCAGUUUCGCUAGACUGCUAAUUAUUCAACCUUGGGAGAUGGCUACCAAGAUGAAUUUAGUGGCACAAUGGGAGAGGGUGUGGAAUGUAGCCCUAAUGGAAAAACUAACAAAACAACUUAGGGACAUAAGAACCUAAGUUGAGUCUGCUGGAUCAGGCCAUUGGCCCAUCUAGUCCAGCAUCCUGUUCUCACAAUGGCUGAUAUGGUGGCUGUGGGAAGCCCACAAGGGGGGGCCUGAGUGAGUGAGGCAGCAACAAUCCCAGUACCAAAAAUCUUUUUAAUAUAUAGUCCUCAAAGAGAGGACUUGGAGCACUGCGGAAUACAAAAAGCAAGGAUGACUUUGAAACCGUUUAGUACUGGUCUUUUCCUAUGUGUUGAAUAAACAGUGUAGCCACCAUCAACUCAUGGUUCAUUUUGGAAUAACCUGUUAAGAAGACAUGGAAGACAUGCUCGAUCUGGACAGAGAUCAAAACCAACAGCAUGAAGUAUUUCAUAAACUUACCUGCUACUUAAGUAACUGGAACAUACUAACCUGCAUGGAAUGUCUGGGGCGGGGUGGGGUAGGAGGAGGGGAAUGGGGUUUCUUGGGUAAAUGUACUUUCAAAAAUAGAGUUUCAGAUAUAAAAACCAAUUUCAGUUAUAAAAUCAUUCAAAUCCAGUGCAGAUGCAGACUGGGAUACAGCUCUGCUUUAAAGGCUUGUUGAAAGAGGAAGGGAUUCAAUACCAGGCAGGCACCAAAAGACAACAGAGGCGGUGACUGUCUAAUACAUGGGUCAGCAAACUAAGAUCCGCGGGCUGGAUGGGGUCCAAUUGCCUUCUGGAUCUGGCCUGCGGAAAGUCCAGGAAUCACUGUGUGGUUCGCCAGCACGCACAUUCUUUCCCUCUCCCUCCCUCUUCCUCACAUGGCAGCGGCGGCGGCACCUCCUCCUCCCUCCCUCCUCCUGGCUUCUCCCCGUCCUGCCUAGAGGAGGGAGGGGGCUGGGCUUUGUUUGUGCCAGCAGCAGCAGCAGCAGCAGCGCUCGAGGGGCCACCAUUUUAAGCAGCCCCUCUCUGGAGCCCUUUCGCGCGCUGCUCAUCGUCCCUCCUUCGCUGCCGCCGCCAGCCCCUGCCACUCACACGACACAGGUAAGCAGCCACCGGGGCUUGUGGUGCUCUUGCAUCAUUCCCCCCCCCCCAAAAUAUAGUCUGGCCCCCCACAAGGUCUGAGGGACAGUGGACCUGCCCCCUGCUGAAAAAGUUUGCUAACCCCUUGUCUAAUAUGUAAUGGGGGGCCUUCCAAAGGUGCCACCAUGCUAGAGGCCUGACUCCAGCACUGUAGGGAAUGGACCUUCUCCUGCAGAGUACAGUUAUCGGUUGGGUCUAUAAAGGGUGAUCUUUAGGUAUCCAGAUCCCAAGCUUUAUGGGGCUUUGUACAGCAGUACCAGCACCUUGAACUUAGUGGAACGGUUAACUUAGCAAACAUUGCCUUAUCGAGGUUCCCAGUUAUGAAGAGGCACAUUGCGUUCUUUUGAAAGCUUUAGUACUCAAGAGCAGGUUAAUGGGCUUUGUAUUAACCUUUUGUUCACUACUUCUAGGCUGUGGAGUACCUAAAAGAGGGGGCUGCCUCUUCAUCUGGCACAGCAAAACAGCACACCCCCUAUAACAUUGAAUCAAACUUCUCAGGAUGUUUUAGGGCUCACACCGUGACCAGAUCUCUGAAUGCUGUGAGGAAAUAAUUCUUCCUUGUGGAUUCUGAGGGUAAAUGAGCCUGAUUUUAUGGGCCCCACAUUCCUGAAGGUUGCAUUUUCAAAUAUUUGCAGGCCUUAAAUGUUACACCUCCAAAUAAAUGUUUGCACAUACCAAAUGUUUCCUGUGAAAGCAGGAGGGUGGAAAAUGCGUCUGUCAGAUUGUUGGAGAUCACGUAGUCUUGGGCUCUGUCAGAGUUUUCAGGGGCUCCACUACAACAUCAUGAGAGAACAACAGAGUGAGAUUAAGCUGUAAGGGCCCAGGAUGUCUGAACAACUGAAGACAAAGACAUUGGUAUCAAAUGGGCAAUGUAAGACACCCUACCAUCAUGCUAUGUGUGAGGUGAGUGUUCCAAACAGAAGGUUCAUGCACAAUUGCAAAAGGGAGAGGAGUGCCAGAACGUAUGAAAUAGCCCAGUGCUAGCUCCAUAUAUUUUGGCACCUGAGGCAAACCUCAAAAUGGUAUCCUGUCCACUACAGAAGAAGUGGGGAGUGAAGAUCUACAUCAGGAACGGGAUGGCAGGGAAUCUAAUCAACCUUGCCCAAUGGUUGAACUGGGAAUCAAAGUCUGUUGCAGGAGGAAAUGGGCCCAUGCUGAAUCAUGCUGGGAAGGUGCAGAGCUCAGGAGACCCGAAGGGCAGCCCCCACCGUUUCCUCUGUAGGGGUGGAAGGAGACCAGCAGUGCCUCCUAUUCUCCAUUUCUCAGAAUACAUGGACAUUCAGUGAAGAUGAAUGUUGGAGGAUUCAGGACAAACAAAAUAAGAACUGCUUUGUACAGUGCAUUGUCAACUGUGGAACAUGCUCCCACAGGAGGCAGUAAUGGCCACCAAUUUAGAUGGCUUUUAAAGAGAAUUAGACAAAUUUGUAGAUGUAACGGCUAUCUGUGGCUACUAGCCAUUAUGGCCAUGCUUUGCCUCCACAGUCAGAGGCAAUUGCUGGGAAUUACAAGGGGGGAGAGGGCCGUUGCCCUCAGGUCCUGCUUUCAGGGGCAUCCAGUUGACCACUUGGAGAACAGGAUGCUGGACUAGAUGGGCUAUUGGCCUAAUCCAGCAGGCUCUUCUUACGUACUUAUUGCAGCAACUGUGUGUGUGGUGGGGGGAAUGCGAGAGAGAUGGGGCCAGCCCUACCAUUGGGCAGAGUGAGGUGUGGGUCAAGCAGCCUUGUAACCAUUUGGCAAUGUUUAGGAAUAAUCUGGAGAUACUGGCAGGUUAAGUGAUAGAAGAUAGGGGAAAGAAGGCAUUGCAUCAUCAUAAAGGCGGUUAUCAAAUGGCAGUUGGGAGUGUCUCGAGAGGAUUCUUUGAAAGGGUAAAGCCUCACCACAUGUUAGGCUUCCCUACAGAGGCACAGAGCUCAAUUAUCAGAUACAGGAGAUAAUUAAGUUGUGAGAGGUGGCACCUCAAGAGAAUACUCUGAUAGGAGGCUGGAAUAUUUCGCAAGUGGACCAACAAAGAGUCUUGUGUCAAAAUUGGGGGUGGUUUACUCUGUCAACUUUUGUUCCUUUCAUUUUUCAGCUGUAAAUUAAGUUUUCCACAUUUCCACAUCAUUUUUUAAAUAGAAAAAGGUCCUCACCAAAAUCCACCCACAUUAAAAUGCUUACAAAAUUAUGCAAUUUCUCCCAAUGCAAAGAGUUUUGGUAUGUUAGUUCCCCUUAAUAAAUGACAUUUUAUGUAUGCUUCAUCCCAGCACAUGCAUUUUUGGACAUAUUUUGAACACAUGGCUGGAGUACCACAGUGCAAAAUUUGGAUAAAUGUGAGUUUCUAAGGAUGAUGUUGUGUUGGUUCACGUAUUGUUUUGGAAAGUAUGGAUUGGGUAAGUUUGCCUUCAGAUCCAAACUGAAUUAAAUAUCUUCCCCAUCCCUAGUCUCCAAAGGCUUCACAGGUGAAUUGUUACAUCGGCAGACUAUAGAGCCUCUUUUAUCAGAUGGAUUGAGUGCUGUCAAGGAAGUGGGAUGCAGUCUAGAAAGCCACAAUAAAUCUGUUUGUCUUUCAGGUACCACAAGAGACUAUUUCUUGUGUUUGCUAUCAGAUAGGUGCUGCUCUGUAAUUUCUCACACCCUACUAAGUUCCCGAAAUGCUUUUGAAUAGCCUUUCUGUACCAUCUUUUCGAGAGGGUGCACAGGCUAAGACAGCCUCCCACAACCUGGUGCCUUUCAAAUGUUGGACUCCAGUUCCCAUAAGCCCCAGCUAGCAUGGCCAGUGGCCAAGGAUAAUGGGAGUUGCAGUCCAGCAAAACCUGGAGGGCACCAGGAUGAGGAAGGCUGGUCAAUAUGGCUUAAUUGUGAAGUUGCAUUCCUGUGGCUGCUUGUCUGGGAAUGAGCCCCACUGAACACAGUUGUACUUACUUCUGGCUAAUGGUUAUAGCCAAUGUUAGUCCUACUCAAAGCAGACUAACUUCUGUCCAUUAAUUUCAAUGGGUCUUCUCUGAGUAGAUCUUAGUAGGCUGCACCCCUAAGUAAACUUGCAUAGAGUUUCAACUAUAAAUGGUUUGCUUUUGGGAAGCCUCCAGUCCUGCCUCCAAGGGGGAAUCACCCUUUGCCUACUGCUUCCCUAUCCAUCCUGGUUGCUGCCUUUCUGCACAGAGAGGCUGCAAUCAGUUAAUUGCAAAGCAAGCUUUACUUCCCGGUUCUCCUGUGGACUGUGAAACCAGCCAGAUGAGAUAAUGUAUCUGUCAGAACAGGAGAGAGAAGCCAAUUCAUCUUGUGCUGUGCGUGUGAAAGAGAGAGCGAGAGUGUGAGAGCGAGAUCCCGUUUGCUUGUUGUUUCUGGUCUCUGGGGCUGCAGCGCAGCGACCAAGCGGCAGGGAUGAAGGUGAGGUGACAAAGGUCCUGUGGCUUCUUAGCAACCAAAGGCAAGGGCAUUUAUGGUGGCACCGUUUGGCUGGAAGGAACCGAGUGGCCUGGGAAUAUGGCCGUGUGUGUUACGAGAAAGCUGCAAUCAGGGGUCAUUGCAUAUGGCAGCGUGGAUGGGGAGUGGGGGCAGAGAGAGAAGAAACAUUGUUCAGUGUUUCUCAGAUACAGGAAAGUAGAUUGGUUUUAGGUUGCCAGCUGUCCAGAAGAACCAGCCACUGCUUUCAGAAGCAGCUUUAGUUAAAACAAAUAAGGAUAAAACAUUUAACAAAUGUGGAAUACAGCAGCCAGGGCAUUGACUGGACCAUAUAAACUUCUAUUUGCUAACCGAGGUGUGAGGAACCUUUGCAGGUUGCUGAACUCCAACUCCCAUCAGCCCCAGGAGCGCUGAAGGGCUCUAGUAGGCCUCAGAGGUCAAAUAAUAUGUCAUGUGACUGUGCAUUGUGUCCCUGACCCCAAGGGGGACAUAGAGGAUACUAGGUCCCAACAUUCUGGUAAGGUGCUGUGGAAAGGGAUACCAAUACUCUUGCCUAGGGUGGGACGAAUCUAUCAAAUUUAGUUUCUAUUUUUUCCAGGCUUAAGUUCAGUCCACCACCUUUUUGCAUCGACUUGUGAUUCUUUAUCUUUCAAGUCCUCGUGAAAUUUGAUCAGCAUUUAAGCCAGCAUUUCUCUCAAUAUACCCAUUUUUGCAUGUAUUUUUUGUCUAAUAUGCAGACGUUUGCAAACCUUUCCUCUUAAUAAAAAGCAUUUUGUGCACAUUUUCACUAACAUGGAUUUUUAUGCGCAUUUCCUAGCAUGUGCAUUUUUUUGUAUAUUUCUUGUUGGAAAAAUUGCAAAAUUUGGAAAAGUGCACAUUUUGAAUGAUAGCUACAUUUUGGUUUGCACAUAUUUUUCUUUUUUUGGGGGGGGGGGAGAUGCAAAUUAGGAGAGGUUUGCAUUAGGAUGCGACCCAAACUGACUUUCUCCCUCAUCCUUCUCCUAAGUCUCAGCCCUGCCAGACCCCCGUGUCUGGAUCUCCUGGAAAGAGACAGGGCCCAGGGAUUGUCCUUCGCUUUCCUGCCCUCGUGGCAGGCUGCACAUCUUCUCCAGAGUACAGUGGCAACAUCUCUCGGUAACUAUUUUGGGCUCCUUCUCAUACUCCAAGGAAUUAAUUAAAGGCAAGUCUGAAGUGAUGGGGCUUUUUUCCCUUUCAUUUCCUCCACAUGACGGAGGCAUCGGCAGAAGCAGCACAAAGACACUCGCCGCCUCAUGCAUUAUUAAAUGGGUCCUCGCCCCAUCGCAUCAGCUGAGCCUCGCGCUCGGUAAUUGUCGUUCUGAGAUUUCAGUAUAAUCCAUUGCGUUUGUUUGUUUGCUGCUGUUCUUAAAAUGAGCAUUCACCUUGCUGGAUUUCCCCUCCUCCUGUUUUGACACUCAGCUUCCCACUCUUCCCCCAUCCCCACGCCUCCCUUUCCCAUCUCAACCUCCCUUUCUCUUUCGGCACAGAGAUAUUCUUCCUUGGUGGAAGAGCGCUGGUGUUCGUGCGAGUGGUGUUGAUGUGGGAGAAGUAACUUUGUGCAUGCACUGCUUAGUGUGAGGGCUGCAUGCUUGGAUUGGUUUAUUCAGCGAGGAGGCCAAUAUUAACUGAGGGAAACCUUGGAAAGGGGGGGGGUACACUUACAGAAGUCAGAGAUUCAGAAACCAGAGAGACAAAGGUGGGCAACAGCUUUGAAGGCAACACCAUUCCUAUGCACCAGAAGUGUGGAACCUUUUUUGGACCACAUUACCCCUGUGGAAAGCUGUUGGGGGUCAUAUUCCAGUAGUGGGUGAGGCAAGAUCCACACACCGUUGCACACACUUAACUAACACACAGGUAAACACAAACACUGUUUCCCAUGGAAACAGUUCUGUAUUUGAUUCUUAGUAACGGCACUGAAAUUUCACCUUCCAUUUUCUUUAUCAUCUUUUGUUUACUUUACAAGUAUUUUUUAAGAAUAGUUUUCAUAGUAUCCAUUAUCUGUCCUGUCCAUACAAAAGGCAUUAAGAGUAAUCCAGCAGAAGAAUGCAAAUAAAGUCAAUACUUCUGAACUGCAAAACCUGCCCUACGGCGACGUGAGUUUAAAGUCCCAAACUUCAAAAUGCUCUUGCAUCCUGAAAAAUUGUACGCUUGCAGUUGCAAAGCACAUGGACUACUUUUUGCCUACUUGCCAGGAGCACAAGUCUGCCGAGUCAUUUUCUUCCCAGCUUUGCACGGUAUCAAAGCUCCUUUCCCUCCUUUCGAAAAGCUGUGUGCCCUGAUUUGAGAGGAAACCCCAUUGAACACAGUGGGACUCACUUCAGCAUGGUUUGAGCUCUUACAUUUGAAAAGCGGAUUAAGAGUUUGUUUCCCAUGCACAUUGCCUUUUUUCCAGGGGGUCCACAAAUGUUACAUUUACUUACUACCAAGCUGUUAUUUGUGGUUGUUACCAGUCUCCUUCCCUGCCUCUUCUGGCAUCCACAGAGAGCAUGUCGGUGAGACAAGGGUUUCUCUCAUUUAUGUGGGUAUGGAUAAAGUGAAAAACGGGUUUGUAUUGCUGCUCAGAAGGGCCCCAUGCCUUUUCUCACUAGCUCUAAAUCUGAAGUGCAAAUGAGACAUCUGAGGUAGGGAUCUGUGUCAGCUGUUCUGCUCAGCAAAAGGAUGAGGGAAGUUCCCCCUGGUGAGCUCUCAGGUAGAUUUGUGUCUGCCUGUUUUUGGCCUGCAGUCCCCCCCCCCCCCCAAGCAGCCCUUGUGAAACUAACUUUUGCCUCUGGCCGUAGCUUUUUAGAAAUCUGCGCAUUUUGUGCAACUAGGGGAGAAAUUCAAUUCAAUUCGCAAUCAAAUUUGAAUUUAUGUAAUUUGCACUUCCCGAAACACAGCCAUCUUUAGAAAUUUGCACUUCUCCAAAAUUUGCAGUGCAGUUCUCCAGCCAAGUAUUGUGUGUAUAGAACUGCAUAUAUUAGUGCAAAGUGCAUCUAUAUGAGUGAAAAUAACAAACAAAAAUGUCUUAGAUGAAGAGAAAUGGUUUUACCAAAAUGUUUUGGGCAAAAUUGCAUGCAAAAAUGUAUAGGAGAAAUUCCCACCACUAAACUCGCAUCAUAUUAGGAGACAUUUGCACUGAUUUUUCAUGAGGAGUUUCUUUUAAAAAAAUAUGACUCUAUGAUUCUGUGAUUUUGUAUGCAAACUUAUGUGGAGAACUGAAGUUAAAGCGUGGAAAAAUUAGGAACUGAGAGAAAGCGAAAUGGACAGAUUUGGCCAUCUCCACCUUGGGGCAGCAAAAAACAUGUAUUUGCCCUCUUCUGGCUGAACAUUUGCAGAGUGUUCUCAUGUUCCCUUUCAGUCUUCUCUUCUUCAGGCCACAUAUGUCCUGUUCCUUCAGCCUUUCCUCAUAGGACUUGUUGGAAGCAGCCACAGAACAUUAAUACACCUACUUAGUCUGCCACCCUCAGCCAUUUGGGAGCAGAAGAGAGGAAGGAGAGUGCUUGAGUCUAAGGCCUGCUGUGGCUUGUUCCUGCUAUUGCAGGUUGCACAAAACAACGCUUUUGUGUGAUGUGCUAACACUGCCAUUGAAACCACCAAUCUGAGAAAUCUGGAGGUGUCCUUUCAUUGGCUCCAAGAGCCCCUUUGGUCCUUAGAGCUAUUCUUAGGUUUUUUUAAUUAAAAAAAAAACACCUUAAGGCAUUUCCCCUCUGGACCCUAGAAGAAAAUGUCUGCAGAGGUACUGUAGGAAUGCCGAGAAAAUGGAUGCACUCAUUAAUGAAAACAUCUGCAUCUUGAUUCACAUCUCAGUACAUUAGGCCCAAGCACGCCUGGCAGUGCAUUUUUCAUAUCUGUGUAUCUUUGCAUGAAAGGCCCAAGAGGAGGCAAAGACGCAUCAUUGCAAAGAGGAGAUGAGCGAUUGUCUUGCCAAGAGCUGAGACACUCGGUGAUGCUACGAUGGGAACAGAGAUGCCGUUUGUUAAUGUAGUACAUAUGUCAUCAAACAGUUGCCAGAUCAACAGCAUCAAAAUGAGCAAUACCCUUUUCUUUGCUGGUGAGGCUUUUCAAGUACUGUGUGGCCACUAAUUCUCGCUUUAAAACUCCAUUUAUCACACGUCCCUCAUUUCCAUGUGCAUCAGCUGGUGGACUUUGUGCAAAGUUUGCACCAAGGAUACUCACUUUGAAAUAGUGAAAUACCCACACUUGGAAAUAGACACAUUCAGAGAAGCCCCUGCCCCAAACCCUGCUGAACAUUUGCUUUGUUUGGGUGCUCUUUUCUUUCUUUAACUACUGUUUCUUGGCAUUCUAUUUAAACUUUGUCCUUGCCCUCACUUGCCCUUGCUGCUGUUUAGUCUGUUUAGCAAUAACAACCUACCAGAUUUUCCAUAUGAGCGUAAAGUGGUGGGAUCACGUUACUCAGAGUAUCGUCACACCAUUGGCAGUGGCAGACCAUGUGAUUUUGUCAAUCGGAUGGGAUGGCAACAAGAGCAAGUGAGGCCAAGGACAGUGAGGGCAAAGAAGAAGAAAAAUGGUACCAAAGAGCAAGAGGAGGGUAGCUGGGUGACACAAGGGUGCUGAACAGCACUGCAAAAAUAUGUUAAAGAAGCCGGUAUGUGGUAAAUAAGUGUGUGUGUGUGUGUGUGUGUUGUGUUCGUUGUGCUUAUAAAUCAAAUCAUAAAAAAUAAAAAUAAGGUGAAAUGAAACCAAUAUAAGCUUAUAUUGUUGAUAUAAUCUCAGGUGGUUUCAGGCUCUAAGUAGGGUUGUGCGCACUUUGCACGGAGCUCUUAUUUCUUAUUUCCAGGCAUGUAUAACAGCCGUUCAUUAGCCCAGCUUAACUAUUAUGCACACAGGUACACAAACAGGACAUGCGCUGAUCAUUACAUACAAAUUACUAUUUGAGCGUACAGCUACACUGUUUUUGUACAUGUAUACACAGAUGAUACACUCCCUGAAUGUGCCGCUGAACACCCAUUAUAUCUUGCCUGCCCAAAUCUCCAUCAAUGCCAGCACCUCCCCAAACUGCCAGCUUCCCAUUCUAGGUCUGAACCGCUACUCAGAACUCCCCAUGUCUGAGCCUCACUCCCAUGUGCCGCUGCUGAACACCCCCCUCCACACAUCCUCUUGUGUGCUAAAAUGGCAGCCACCCAGUCUUGACAAUGUUAUCCAGGUCUCUUUCCCUGCUGACUGAAGGCCACAGCUACUGCCACACGUUCCACACCCUUCCGCACAGACUCCAGGUAGGGAUGGGUGAUUCUGUUAGUUUCAGAUUCUCUCAGUUUCUUAUAUUUCCAAUCUUAAAUUUUGUUCUUCAUAUUUCCAUAGGUUGCAAUAACAACAACAACAACAAUAAUAACAACAACUUCAUGAAAAUCCACCAUUGCUUUAGUGCAAAUUUCUCCUGACACACACAUUUUUUCAAAGCUGUUUUCCCUAAUACAAUGCACUUUUCAGUACAGCUAUUUUCCCUACAAUAUAAGUUGUUGUGCACACUUUACCCUAGUAUAUGCAUUUUUGUACACACCACUUGGCCUGGAGAACUGCACUGCAAAAUCUGGAGAAGUCUGAAUUUUGAAGGACAACUGUGUUUCGGUUUGUGUGUUGUUUCAGGAAGAGCAAAUUAGGUAGGUUCAUAUUUAAAUAUGAACUGACUGAAAUUUCUUCCCCAUCCCUAACUCCAGGCUGCAAAUUCCCCUCUCCUUGAUAUGAGGAUAACAGGAAGCUGUCUUGUACAGAGUCAGACCAUUGGUCCAUCUAGCUCAGUAUGGUCUACACUGAGUGGCAGUGGCUCUCCAGGGUUUUCAGCUAACAACCUUUCCCAGCCCUUCAUGGAGAUGCCAGGGGUUGAACUGCGGACUUUCUGCUCUACCCCUGAGCUACAGCCCUUCCUGAAAGUCAGGCGGCAGCUGUAGCUGGUAGCCCUUUGUCCUGCAAAGGGCAUGGCUUUCUUGUGCUAAAGAGGAUUCAGCAGUUUGCCUGCAGAGCAUGAUAAGGGUGCUGCAAACCUCACAGGGGAUCCCAAAGGGACAGAAAGCCCCGCUCUGGUCAUUGGCAGGGCAGUGCAGCUGGGGCAAAUGACUGGGGACAUGACUAUUGGGGGUGGAAGUCUUCUGGAAUUACCAGUGAGGGGAAGGAGCGAGUUAUUUCUGAAGAGUCCCUGGUGAGUCUUCUUCCUGCUAAUUGGGCCUCGCUUGCAGAUGCAGGCGUGGGUAUCAUUUCCGUGGCAGCCGGUCUCUCGGAAAGGAGAAACCAGGCAGAUUUGCCUACCUUCUGUCUGACCACCUGCAGAAAGCACAGAAUCGUAGUUAAGAGCCCGCCAUAUGGCUUUCUAAUGAAAACAUCACUUCCAAUAGAUUUGCUCUAGGAUAUACGCAGCCUGCUCUGCAAGGAGGCAGGCUGGAUCAAAUCAAGAGCCACUAAUCUCCAGGCAGAGAGAAAGCGAGUUCUGAUUAAACGAGACUGACCUGUUGGCCCAGAACUAGAUAUUUCUGAGAUGGGGGUUUCUUGAUUCCCAGUCUGCGUCUUAAUGCAUCUGAGCCUCCUCAUAGGGAGGGCGGGAAGGUGGGGGAACCUGGAUUGCAUUAUGCCAUGAAGUCGAUAUGAUCUCCCUCUAUGUGUAGCACAGAAUUACGUUUGAAGGGCGUAAGCCCUUGAAACCUUGGAAAUACCUACGUCAAAUAUGCACACUUUGUUCACAUAUAUAGGCCUAACACUAAAUUAAAUCAGGGCUCAGUAUGAACGAGCAAGUUGGGGGGAGGGCAAAAAUCACACUCGCUCAGCUCCUCCCCUGGUCAAGCUGCUGCUGCUGCACCAGCUAGAGCUAAGCCAUGGUUUGUUUUAGUGUCAUGUGCAAACCAGAGGUUAUGGUUUGACUUCUCCAGAUAAAUGCAAACUGAAUAACAUUAGUUAACUAACACACAGUGAUACGAGAGCUAAUUUCAGUGUGCACUCGUGUGUGUGUUCUGAAGUAGUAAAUCUUUGUGUAAGAAUAAGAGAGUUACACAUAUAUGAGUGCCCCUAUUUUCUUAAGCGAAAUUUUAGAGGAUAUGCAACUCUUGUGAUUUACACUGUCAACACAAGCUUUCCGGCUGGUAAGAGCUUCAGGUUAUUUUAAACACUGAGUCAGUGUUUACAGAUGAGCAGAAGCUCAUCUGCUUCAUUGUAAAGUUAAAAAGCAAACUCUGAAAUGCAUUGGGAAUAAAGGAUACAGGAUUUCUGGACAGCUGUUUUAAAACUUAUCUUACAUGCCUUUUACAGCUGUUUGCUCCCUCUUGUUGCAUUGAUUCAGUAUUAUUAUCCUUUCUGUUUAUUUGGAGAGGCUGAAACUGAGAUAACAGUGGGUUGUCUACCCUACAACCAUCCACUGAGUUUGUGGCUAAGGCCAGAUCUGUAUUCACAGUAGAGUGAGAUGGUAGAGUCCUGCUUUGUAAAGCAGAUACCAUUUUUUAUGCUCUCUCAUAAUGUACGAUAAACAAAUAAUUUCCCUGCAAGCAAAUAAGUAGUCUAGCGCAUCUGGAAGAAAGAUUCUAGUCCAGUCCUUCUCCUUCUCUUGUCCUAGGAUUUAUUUAUUUUUUACAUGCAGGGUAAAUGUGGUUCUAUUUCUGCAGUCUGAAAUGAUACAGACAGUUCUGCCACGUUAGGACUAUACUAUCUCAUUCUCCUGCAUGUGUAGAUCCAGCUUUGUUUGAUAGGGCCUGGAUUAAAAGAGCUGGUAGGGUUUGGGCAGGGACCCUGAUGAGGGAUGCUCAAGAGCCCCACACAUCUCCUGACCUACGAAUAGGAAUGUAAGAAGACAGGGAUUAGUUACUUGUUACCCAAAGGCUUCCAGUGGUUGACAUCGCAGAUGUAAAUACAUUAUACCAUAAAAUCAGAACAAAAAAACCUCCGUAACAGCCACAGGACACUUUGGCAGCACUAGUAACAAAACAACAUAAUCUUUAUCAAAAACCUGAGACUGAAACUACAGUGCUACCUCGGGUUACAGACGCUUCAGAUUACAGACUCCGCUAACCCAGAAAUAGUACCUCAGGUUAAGAACUUUGCUUCAGGAUGAGAACAGAAAUCGCACAGCAGUGGCGCGGUGGCAGCGGGAGGCCCCGUUAGCUAAAGUGGUACCUCAGGUUAAGAACAGUUUCAGGUUAAGAACUGUCCUCCAGAACGAAUUAAGUUCUUAACCCGAGGUACCACUGUAUGUGAAUGAAGGUGCCAGGUGCAUCUUACUGGGGAGAGCCUUUCAUAGAUGGGGAGCCACAACUGAAAGGGCCCUCUCCCUUGUCACCACCCUCCAGGACCUGAGAGGAAGAUUCAAGGGCCUGGGUAUGUUUCAUACAGUACUGAGAUAAAGGUACCUUUUUACCUAUACUGGGAUAGGCAUUCUGGAAGAUUUUGGGUUCCUGAGCUGUAAAUAGCUUUAUACAUAAAAAACCCCCAGCACUUUGAACUGAGCUUGGAAACAUACAAGCAGCCAUUGUAGUUGCAACAGAAUUGGUGUUAUAUGAUAUGUUCAUGUUGAAUUGCACUAAAUUGGGGCUUCUGAACCAUGCAGAGUUCAGCCAAAAACUUCAUUGUUUGUCUUGCUCACUGCUAUUUAACACAAGUUAUGUAACUAUUUAAAGCAAAGGAAACAUCCAAACAGCAUGAAAAAAGCCAUUAAUUACAUAUCUUUUGUGGACCUGACCAAAAAAACCUGUGUGAACGAAUGCCAGUCAUAUUCCUUUCUCCGAUUUCCAUUCUUGACCACAUAUGAACAUGCAACCUACAGCAAUUUCCACUUCCUUUUCUGUUUUCACUAGAACUGUCUGACGUCCCCUACCCACAAGGCCUAUGGUCUCUUCUGCCAUCAUUUUUUUCACAUGACGAGGCAGCCAUGCAGAAAAUGUGAAUAUUCCCAAACCGGAUAUGCAUCACUUUGCAACAUCUCUGUCCUGUGAAAAACCGACCAAAUUAGCUUUCUUAAGUAGUUUGAAGUCAUGCCAGGUUAAUCGAGUUUUAACUGGCUUUUGCAGCUUAAAGGCUCCUACCGAACAACAAUAUCCGUAUAUUUCUUUGCGUAUGUGACACACAAAUUAUUUCCUAACUUUGAAAAACAGGUUUCCUCUGUUGCUAGACACAACCUGUGAGGUGUGGCGUGGCUGUCCAUAUACCCUGCAGCAUCUCACAGGUGAAAAAUGGGAAUACUUCUUUUUUUCUUAAUGCUUCUAUUCUCAUACCCAUGAGAUUCUUCCUAUCACUAGAACACACUGAUGCAGAUUCUUCUCACUUGCUGUACAAACCAGAGUUGAGCCAAAAUGCCUCUCCCAUCUUGCAUCCCAGGGAUAAGGAACCCUUUCACCGUGAGGGCCGCAUCUCUCAGAGAGAACCUUCUGGGGGCCGCAUUCCAGGGGUGAGCACACUGGUUUCCCCCAGUUCAAUUUAACACCAGAAAGUACUAAUGAGGAUUGAGGUGGAACUGCAACCCAGUCUCUAUCCCCCCCCAAAACCCCCCAAAACCUACAGUCCUUUUGGGAAAUGGUAUGAUACUGUAAACUUCCCAAAGUCCAAGGUGAACCGUUCAGAAAGUGAUAUAGGGUGCAUAUUGUAUGCUCAAUUCCCCGAGAGCAAGUUCUGUGGAAUUCAGUGGGUCUUGCAUCUAAGUAAGCAUGCACAGGACUACAAAAGUCACGACCCUUUCCCUUUCUUAGGCUGCAAUCCUACCCAUGUCUACUCAGAAGUAGGUCCCAUUUUACUCAGUGGGGCUUUCUCCCAGGUAAGUGGAUUGCAGCAUCGUGGUUAUAUCCAAUGCUAGUCCUGCUCAGAACUGGACUACUCAAAUUAAUGAACAUUGCUAAUGUAGGUCAGUGGGGCUACUCUGAGUAAAACAUAGCUGGAUACAAGCCUUACCGCUUAGGAAUUGUCCUUAUUUUCCUCUUUCUCUCCCUCCCCGCCCCUCCUCUUUUGUGGGGUUUUUUUUUACAGACUCUUCCCCUGACAUAAUCAGGUUUCAGCACUGACAGGGAUCCAUCCAUCAUGUACAACAAAGGAAUUUGCCGGGUCAGAGAAUCCCCACCUGAGUUAGCAAAACGCCAUGUUCCCACUUCGCUUCUGUGACAAAAUAAUAAAUAACGCCAUUUCCCCAGUAUUAUGUUUUCUCCCCUUCAGCAAUCUGCAAUUUGUUUUUUAUUUCUUUCAGAGGUGUGCAAUCGUUUGCAUGGCCAUUAGAGUUUGAUUUGGAGGAGGGUGGCUGUGAUGGCCCUGGGGAAACCAGUGCCAACCGUACCCUAAGUGAGUGCAGAGAAUAGGCUGAUAAACGGGUGCAGGGAUAGUGCAUGGUGCCGUCGUUAUGGGACUGCAUUCUCGAGGACCUGGGAAGGGGUUAGAUUAGAUUUGCAUGCUCAAAUGCUUCCCUAGGUAAACUUGACAAUAACACAAGGUCUACAGAGGGAGGGCAGUAUACCAUGCUGAUAGGGGCUGUUGGGAGUUGUAGUCCAACAUCUGGAGGACACAGUGUUGGUUUACACUGAGGAGUGCUGUCAUUUUAAAUUUUUGUUUAUUAAUUAAACUAUUUCUGUACUCAUUUCAGUUCAAAACUGCAAACUGGUGCAUGAUCCAAGUAGAGAAAAACAAUAAAACAUUACUAUAAAACACACAUCUGGUAGCAAGUUACAACCACAAAGUGAUCCAGGUAUCCCACUCCCAUACCUGCAUCCUGAAGUACCACAGUCCCUUGCUUGCUUGUACAGUAAGCUUGAGGCUAAACUACAGUAAGAUACACAGGCUGGCUACAUUCCCUGCGACUUUGGUCUUGACUUCUGUCACUCUUGCCCAAAAUAUGCCCUCCUUCCAGAAAUGGGAGGACACUAGGGAUGGAUGAAUCUGUCAGUUUUGCUUCUCUAUGUUUCUCAGUUUUUUCCCAAUAUAAAUUCAGUUCUCCACAUUUCUGCAGAUAUUUGGGGAAAAAAUCCUAAUGAAAAUUCAUUCACAUUUUGGUGUGAAUGUUUCCUUACAAACAAAUUUUUGAAUGUAGUUUCUUCAAUGCACAAGCUUUUGCAAACAAUUUCCCCCUACCAUAAUGCAUUUUUGUAUGUUAUCUAUGUUCCUCCCUUCACAUUCUGCCCUUAUAUAUGCAUUUUGUACCUCAGAAGCUUACAGGGAGGGCAGGUAAUUAAUGAUGAUGUUGAUGACUAAUGAUGUUUGGUUGGGAAACUGCUCCCCACUCCUGUCCUAAGAUGCUAUGAAGGUUGCCCCACAUGCUCAGACAUCUGCCAGCACAUGAGGGCCAGGGCAUGAACCAGGGAGAGCGGCUGUAAAUCGAAGAUUGCACUCGGAUGCCCUGCUGAGCCUCAGCUUUCUUGCAAGUGACCAGGAUUUGCAGGGUCAAGUCAAGUAUUUUAAUUGUGGGUGGUGGGGAGAGAAGAUCUGGUGCUUUUGAACAUAUGCCCACAGUAUACAGUAGUUUCACCUCCCUGCCGACCUCUGUCUUUCAGAGUAUUUCCCCUGCAGAAAGUGGCUGGGGAAAGGACAGGUGUGUAGGCAAAGGGCUGAAGGUGGAGUGGCCCCCUUGCAUAUUCUCCAAAGCAAUUUCAAAUAGCGGCUUCCCCCCAUGUUUCUCCACAAACCUGAUGUUUUCUCAUAGCUAUUGGAAAUGUUGUUUAUAUUUAAUGCUCCCCUGCUCAGUGCCAUUAAUUCUGCGUUGCUAUUAAACGAUGAAAAGCAGUCGGAAUUCACCUCUGAGGAAAUGUUCUAAUGACACAAAUAUGCCUGGUGGAAUUAGGGAUGGAGGAGAAAUUUGAUUUAGUUUGCACUUAAAACUGAAUUGACCUAAUUUGUACCUUCUGAAACAAAGCACAAAUGGAAAGACAGCCACCUUUCUAAAUUUGCCCUUCUCCAAAUUUUGUAAUCCAGCCAAAUAUGUAUAGAAGUGCACACACUAGGGCAAAGAGUGCAUAAAACAGUGUACAAAAAAUGUCUUAUAUUAGGAGAAAGGGUUUUCCACAAAACGUGUAUAUCAGGCAAAAUGGCACACAGGCAUUGUAUAUUAUGAGAAAUUUGUAGUAAAAUGCUGAUGAAAUUUCACGAGGACUUUUUCUUUUUAAUUGCAAACUAAUGCGGAGAACUGAAUUUAAGAUUGGAAAAUACGGAAAACGGGGAGAAACUGAAACUGACAGCUUCACCCAUUUCUACUGGGGAGAUGAUAUGUGCAGACAAAGGGUUAGAUGUGGAAUGGUCCCCUUGCAUUUCUCACAAGGCAGUUGCAAACAGUGACACCUCCGCCCCAUGUCUCUGCACAGACUGUUUCUUUGCUUCUGUCUCAUGCACAUGCACACACCUGCCCUGUCAGCGGCAUCAAUUCUGCUUUGUUAUUAAAUGAUCAGAAGCAGCCAUACCUCACUGUUGGGAAAACAGUCUAAUGGCACAAAGAUACCUGAUGGGGUACUAGUUAAAGCGUGCUUUGCAGCAUAGGGGCAGCCAUCCCUGCCCAAGAGUGUGGGGCACACUGGGGCACAAGGCCUUUCUCCCAUGUGCCUGUAAGUGUAGAAACAGUGAAAACGAGAACUGGCACUCGCUUGGCUUCCAUGACCCAUUUUUAUUUACUUUUGUAUGCAUUAUUAACCCUCCUGGGUGUUCUGUAAUCAUAGUGCCACAUUAUAUUGUUAUGCCUACCCCACUUCUCCAAGCAGUGAGAUGCUUUUUGGGACAGAGGAUAGUUUCUUUUCCUUUGGAAAGAGGUCCCUUGAGGCUUGUUGGUGCUUAGCAAUAUUUGGGUUGAUUUACAAAUAUACUAGUUGAGCAUGGAUGGAAGCAUCGGAUAAGCUCUCCAGCAGAUCACCCACAUGCACUCCAGCUGGUACCAUAAGAUGCUGACAGAGCCAAACUCAACUCUCAGACCCCCCCUCUCAAAUUUUUGUAUUUUUUCACACAGAGACAUUUAGAUCACGUCAUCCUUUGGUGGUGGGUGGGGAGGGAGAUGUAGUUCCUAGUCUUUGAGAAAGGCCAGCUAUCGAGAGCCAUCAGCCAGUUUCACUAACUAAAGAGAAAUACGUGGCAACUGUGCUAAGACCAAAGCAAUUUCUAGCACUACUCCUAGAUCCAUUUGGCCCUCUCCUGCUCCCAGUCUUAUAAGAAUAUAUAUAAUUAGAAUCCAUUGCCCCAAAUUUUCCUCCAUGGUGCCACUUUCUUUCUAUGCACAGGUGAUUCCCCUCUUCCUCUUUUCUCCACGAUAAGUAUUCAGACAUGCAAUCUUCCUCUGCAUGAGUGCAUAACUUAGUUGUAUAAGAACACAAGAAAUGUUCUGCUGUACCAGGACAAGGAUCCAGGGGAAUUCUGCUUCCAAUAAUUGCUGUCUGCGUAGGCUCCCAGAAAUUUGUAUACAGGGCAUGAAAGCAAUGCUUCUCGGCAUGGAAGUUCCACUGAAGCAAUUGUGACAAAUAGCCACCCAUAAUCCUCCAUGAAUUUGUCUAGUCCUUUUCUCUUAAAGCCACAGCCAUCACUAGAACUUGUGGAAGAUGCAGGAUUCUUGUUGUUUGAUCUGUCCUGCAUCUACUGCAGGUCAGUUUCACAGCUGGUGACCCCAUGCUCCAUUACCAUGGUGAGGCAGUUUCCUGGGUUGGCAGGGUGGGGGUGGUCUGUGACAGCUGCUAGAAGAGCAGUCGUAUUUGGGCAGCAGCCCCACCCAAUUUUCCAGGGUGAACUUUGCCUAACAGUGCAACUACUGUCAGGGGUUGAUCUGUCAAAGAGGGGAAAAGCUUUAAACAUCCCACAUUCACCUCCUCUUGUCCAAGGAACUGUAUUAACAAACAGGUUCCAUCAAAGCACAAGUAAAGAGGGAGCCUUUGUACUUACGCUGCACUAAGAAUAUUUAUAGGAAAUCUUUUACUAUUACUACUUGUUCAGAACUUGGGUUCUGAUUCGGAUCAGCUAGCAGGAUGAACACAAAAUAGUAACAGUAAGGGUGGAUCUGUGUCUACAAACACAGGCUGUUGCUGACUGGGUGAGCAAACUCUGCCCCCAAUUCCCCCUUCCAUCUGGCUUUGCCCCACCUGUCUCCUUGCAUCCUCUCUUUUUUCCCACCUUGGGAUCUUCACCUCAGUCCCAGCUUCCCCAAGUCUUGCCCUGCCUCUUGGCUGUACCUUCACCCUGCAGCCAUGCUCAUUUCUGUAGGUCCACAUUCAUUCAUGAACUAUGAAGGCUUGAAACAUGGUGGUCUUUGCCAUUCUUCUCAGCGGGACAUUGGCUACUGGGCAUGCAAAUAGGUCUGUGAGGGUUUGGUGCAUAAUAGCUGCUGACAAAGCUGCCAUAGACUAUGAAGCCCAUGGUGCACAGUGACUGCUGGUGAAGUAGACACAUAUCCAAGAAGAUUUGGGUCCUGCAUGACUUCGCAGAUAGGAACAGUUGGCUGUGCAAAUAAGAGCAGAUGGAACCUGUGGAGUAAUGGGAAUGUUUAAGCAUGCUCCUAACUCCAGAUUGCACUUCGAAUUUUGCAGGAUGGCAUGUUUCACCCCAAAUUCUACUUUGGUCAGAAUUUGCAAUAAUUCUAAGUUUGACAUUGACAAUGCUGUGAAGCUAGAAAGGAAGACAGUAGACAAGCUUUUUAAAAAAGAGAGAGAGAGAACAAAACAGUGCUCUUUUAGUAUGCUGUUCCUCUGGGCCAGGAAUCGGCAGGGAGAAGGGCUUUUGAUGUUUGCAUGCAGGUUCCCCAAAUAAAGUGUGCCCCUUUAUUUUUAUUAUAUAUACACUCCACCUUUCCUCCAAGGUGCUCAGGGCGGCGUCUGUGAUUCCUCAGUUUAUCCUCAUAAUCAACCAUGUGAGGUGGGUCAGGCUGAGAGUGAGUGACUAGCCUGGGAUCACCCAUUGAGCUUCAUGACUGAAUGAGGAUUUGAACACUGGUCUUCCAGGUCUACACCCUCUCAGCUUUCAGAUGAUACCCCUCCACCUGUCUGUCCCAACAAAGCAGUUCAGAAAAAGUGAGCAAAAAAAGCAGUCAAAAAAGAUUAUCUGCCUACACUCAUCACCUCUGCUCCCCAUUGGGACUAGCUCUGUCUAAGCUCAUUUAUUGCCUUACUUUUUCACUUUGCAGCAAUGUCAUAAUUACAGUUACUGCCAGAUUCUGACCAAAAUAGGAUUUGGAGCGAAAUAUACAGUUCCACUAAAGCAAAAGCACAUACUGAGCUGUGGGCAUGCUUAAAUAUCCACAUUACUCCUGCAGAUUCCAUCUGCUCUUAACUUGCACAGCCAUCUGCUCCUAUCUGUAAUUUGAUAUAGGCUCCAAAUAUUUUUGGGUAUGUGAGUUUUGCUUACGGUUCCUGUGCCUCAUAGGUUUGGGUUUUGUAACCUACAGUAAGCUAUAAAGCCUCUACUUUGAGUGAAGUACAUGGGAGCAAGAACAGAGGGUGGUAGUCAACUGAGUUUUACUCAGAGUUUUACUCAGAGUUGAAAUCAAUGAACAUGAGUAAAACUUAAGUGGAAUACCACCCAGAGAAAGCACUGGCAGCAUGAAGAGGGUCUUGUAAAGGUAAAAUUGCUCUCAUGGCAAAACAUUAACAACAACAAUUUUGUUGGGUUGCCCCAGCCACUCUGGGCAGCUUCCAACAUAUAUGAAAACAUAAAAAAGCAUUACACAUUUAAAAACUUCCCUAUAAAGGGCUGCCUUCAGUUGUCUUCUAAAGGUUAUAUAGUUACUUAUCUUCUUGGCUCAGGGUUCAGAUAAUUCCAUAGCCUUUAACAUUUCUUUUAUGAAAAUUGGGACAUCCUAAGAAAAAGCGGGACAUUCCAAGAUCACAUUAGAAACCAGAGCGGCUUCUGUAAAUCUGGAGCUGGCUCUGAAAAAUAGGGACGCUUGGAGGGUCUAAUGUCAAUCAGCCUAAAGUGCCUGAGAGGACUCCCUUUAUUCUAGAAUUUGAGGGUGCCCAAUAAAAUUGCAGUAGAUUCAGGACAGACAAAAGGAUUUUCUCAGCUCAUGCUUGCAGGUUUCCUACAGGCAUUUGCUGGCUACUGUGAGAGCAGGAUGCUGGACUUGAUGGACCACUGGCCUGAUCCAUCAAGGCUCUGUGCUCUUAGUUUAAGAAUGUCUGCUCUCUCAGACCUGCCUCUGAGCAAAACUUCACCUAGUUGCAUUGGUGCUUCUACAGCUAGCCAGAACAGAGGUUUCACCUCUUCCGCUCCUUUUCUGUACUUUUUGUUUUAAAGGAACAGUCAAACAAACAGCGGCCUACAUCCUUGUUGUUUCCUUGGGGCCUGUGACGGUUGGGAAAGAAUUUAAGUUCUUUUCAGGUCCUUUCCUAUUCUGUUAAAAUGCAUGAAAAGUGAGGCUGGCCCAGCUACUUCUGUCCACAGCUACCUUUGCUCAACGAGACCUCGAAUUAGGCCACAGAUUAUUACAAGUACAAGUCAGGGAAGGACACUCCUCAGGGAUGCUGGGUCUUGCAGAAAUCCCUCCUAGUCUCGCAUGCUGAUGGCAGGAGCAGCUGAGCUGUUUCUUUACAGAGAUGGAGGUGAAAUGUGUUUGGUCUGCAUUUUAAAGCGAACCGAUCUAAUUUGUCAGCAAUGGAUUUAUAUGUGGAUCAGAACGCAGCUGUCACACAGACUAUACACUUCUCUGAAUUAUAUGAUGCAAUUUCAUUGGGGGAGGGUGCACAAAACUGUAUUUUUUGAGGAAUUUUUUGGGGGGGAAAUGUACUGAAAAGCAGAACAUUUUAGGGGAAGCACACAGAUAAAAUGCAAGUUAAAUGCAUGCAGUUUAAAUGUGGAGUUUUCAUUCAUUUUUUAAAUCUGCAAAACAUGGGAUGGACCACAACUAUAAUCGAGUCAGUGACACAGUAUGGAAAAAGGCUUAUCUGUCCAUACCUGUUUCUUCAUUUAUACUGGGUGCCAUCAAUAUGAAUCAUUGUCUCCGUUUGAAAGGGCAGGGGUUUGGAGGCAGAAUGCAUUCUGUUAAGCAAAUAUUGUAGUUGUGUGACAAGAGUAUUAAUUCCUCCUGGGCCUGAGAAGCUAAGUUAUAAAGUACUGUUGCAUGCCACCCCAAUCUCCGAGCAGUGUGAGAUUCCUGGGGUUCCAGGUGGAAUUAACUAGAGUUUGUGUUUCCUUUGGAAUGAGGUUGAGUGCAGACAGUGGUGUUUUUACAAUAUAAGGUUUAUUUACACAUAUCUACAGUUUGAGCCUACAAUGGAGGGUUCACAGCAUUAACACACCAAGAAGGAUUCAAAUAGAAACCAAGCAUUGCUCUGACUCUCUUGCUUCCUAGCUUGCUGCUUUGCUUCUGGCUCACAUCACUCCACUCUCAGCUCUCAUCCUUCUUUUUCUAACUACCAACCAGUUGAGGGAGGAGCCCUCAACCCAUUUUCUGCUUCCUUUAUUCCCUUAAUGGCCCCUUACCUAGGCAAUUGCCUCACUAGGAAGCUAGCUUGGCUAUUUCAGGAAUCAGAAGGGAGACAAGGCAUACAGACUACCUCUCCACCAAAAAAACCCCUCAUAACACGUUGUCUGUGUGUGCAUGCCUCAUUUUCACCAUGUUCUCUGGCCUUGCCCACUUUGGCUUCUGGCCCCUCCUGCUUUACUAGAAUACAGCCCCCAACAGGUCUCAAUUGAGAUAAUGCACUGUGGUGUCCUUGCAAUGUCUGUGUGAGUGAGCAGCAAGCAGGUGUCAAGAAGAGUGGUUAGUGAAUGUUAGUGCCCUCUGACGUGCUGAAUUAAGAUUCAGCUGUCCAGUAUUCAAAAGAUUAAAAUCAACAGUAGCUAAAAAUAAAUAAAAUGCACAUAACUUCUACAUGCCUGGGUAGGCUUGCCUACGCAAAAAUGUUUUAACCAGGUGCCAUAAGAAAGCAGAGGGAAGGUGCCUGCCUGGUGUCAAUAGGCAGGGGGUUCCAAAGUGUAGUGCAACUUUUGAUCUAGUUUUACUGAUGGACUGUGAGUAUAAACAAAACUCAGGCACUGGUUCUUAGUAACAUCUUUGUAUUCUUUAUGGCAAGGAGGGGAGAAGUCAGCUUUCCGCUGCCACUCCUUUUUUGUUGAAUUGGUUGGGGGCAAGAUGAGGCCGGGAUAUAUAACUGCUUUGACUCGCUGACCAAAGGCAGAGGCCAAAGCAUAUUACCAGGCCAGGGUUUAAAGUUUUGUUUUCUAAAAUAUAUAUAUAUAUAUUGCUGUACACUGCCCUGAUAUUUUUAUGAAAGGGCGGUAUAUAAAUACUUUUAUAAAUAACAUAAAUAAAUGCUGCUGUUCAUCACACACUGUCACACACAUACAUUACUAUGCUAAAAUGUUCAGCAAAUCUGCUGGGGCCUUUGUGGGACAGAGGUUCAGAGCACAGCUCCUUAAAGGAGGAACUUUAUUGAUGGUACUUUUCCCCAAACACAGGAUGUUCCACGGAGCAAACACAGAUUUCAGCCCCUUUUAGCAGGCUUGGAAAGGCUGUGAGCUGUUAGUGCCAGCCAACAAGCAAAGGAACUGCUCCAAAAGAAAUAUCGCGUCAGGCCUGCCAACUGUGGAGUGCUUUCGGGAUCACUCUGGUGUGGUAUGUCGGCCAAAGAACUGGCAGCUGUAGAGACUGCUGGAUACCCGCCAACAGCUUGACGUUGGUUCUGCAAAGGGGCAUUCUGGCCACAGAGACGUCUUUCUGCUCCUGCCCAGGGCUCCACUGGUACUGCCGUAAGGUCUGCCGGCAGUCACUUGUAACUUGUGCCAUUUCUCAGGGCCAUUUUUGUAGGUGUAGGUUUGUGACUCAAGAGAAACUCACGCUGCUUACAUGUGUGUAAAGCCAUCUUCACACCAUACAUUUAAGGCACUAUCAUACCACAGUCAUGCCUCCCCCCCAAGAAUCCUGGGAACUGUAGUUUGUUAAGGGUGCUGAGAGCUGUUAGGAGGCCUCCUUCCCCUCAGAAAGCUACAAUUCCCAGAGUUCUCUGGGAAAGCAAAUUGGUUGUUAAAAUUGCUAUGAGAACAGGCGCUCUGUGGAGGGAAUAGGGUUCUUCUAAAAAACACAUUUCCCUUAACAUUUUAACAAGGGGUGCAGAUAUCAGAAUAGUUAACAGGGUGGUGGGCACUGUCUCCUACUUUACCGAUGGCAUCCUCUGUUUGAAUGCUGCUGGGCCUAAAUCUGAUUUAAAGAGAAGGAACUCCUAAGAGGGGAGAGCAAGAGGGGCCUUGAAGUUGCCCAUAAUCUGUUAGCAGCACAUAGAAAACAGGCCAAAAAGGCACCUGACUGUAGUCCUCCUCGCUGUGGUGAGAUUAGGGAUGGACUGGCCAUUUUGGUCACGUUCAUCCCGAUUGUACAUGCUUCUGUGUGGAUUUUAAAAGGAGGGAUCCUUAGGGUCUGUGUAGAAACGCAAAUAUAAAAUAAAGAAACAGAAGUACUUACAAGGCAGUCCAAGGGCUCCAGCGCUGACUCAGUCCAUUCUUUAAAAAAAACACCUUUUGAACAUCAGAAGUCAUUUAGUCGCUCACAGCCUGAAGUGGCUAGUGUGGGGGCCUUUUUUGCUGCUGCAUGCUUAGGGCAGGGCCACGUUCACACCAUGCCUUUAAAGCAAUCAUAGACAUUCAUCCCACAAAGCAUUCUGGGAGCUGUGGUUUGUUAAGGGUGCUGAGAGUUGUGAGGAGGCCUCCUAUUCCCCUCACAGAGUUUCAAUUCCCAGAGUUCAGAGGCAUGUGCACUUUGAUUGAUAACUGUGUUCUAAUCCAGCUUUAAGUUUGGGAACUGUGAGUCAGUUCACUUUAAGAACAUGCAAAGAUCUUGCUGAAUCAGUCCAGUGGCCUAUUUAGUCCAGCAUCCUGUUCUCACAGUGGCCAACCAGAUGCCCUUGGGAAGCUCACAAGAUGGACCUGAGCUCAACAACACUCUCCCCUUCUGUGGUUUCCAGAGACUGGUGUUCAGAAACAUAUUGCCUCUAACAGUGGAGGUGUUUUUGACAAGUAUUGAAUUCGAAAAAUCUGCAAUUUUACACAAUUUAAAGUUUGUGCAAAAUUUUAUUUCAGUUUUAGUAUAAGUGAUUUUUAAAAAAGAAGUAGAGAGAAAUGUCAAAAUGAGCUGAAACUCUCUGUAAUUGUGGACUAGACAAAAUUCUCUUCCAUCCCUCAUUAAAGUGAAACAAGCCCACACACGCAUGAACAGAUCCUAAACCAGAAGCACAGUCAGAAUAAGAUGGCGGUCCAAUGAAUGUCGUCAGUUUUGCUGCUAAGGAAACUAUUGUGGCUUUUAAGAAACAACCCAAGAUAUGUACACAAGCAAGUAGAUUUUGUAUUAUGCUAUGAAACUGCAGACUGGUAGAGGGUUGGUUUUUUUUUAAAGAUCCCUAGUUUCUGAAGGGUGAGGCUGGGUGGGAAUGGUUGGAGAACUUUAUAACCCAACAAUCUGUUCAGCCUUGCACUCCCCUCAGUGUUUUGUGUGUGAGGGGAGCUGGCCUCCUCCUUGAAAGCCAAGAGUACUAUUCAACGUGGCGCCGUGCCCCACACUGGCCCCUUUGUUCUUCCUGCCCCACUGUGCUGCUUGUUGGUGGAGCACAAGUUUGGAACACAAGAUGGUGUGUCCAGAGCAAAUGUAAAUAUUGGAUUUUCCGCUGUGGUUACACAGGCAGCCUGCAGUGAAUUUACCUCUCUCACUGUGAAGUUUGCACAGAGGCUUCUUUCAUCUCUGGGUGUUUCAUGGAGCAUGGUGGUUGCUGCCAGGUUCCAGGCUUCCCAAAAUCAGGCUGUGGUAGGAACCAGGAACAUUCCCAACAGAGCCCUUUAUGCACUGGGGAAGAUGUUUAGAAGACAUUGACUUGCCCAACAGAUAGACUAGUUUCCUUGUUCUUCUUCCUGGUUUGAAGGGCUGAUGAAGACUCCAGGUGAGUGGACUGCAGUACAGGCCUCAUCAUCAGCCUGGAUUUAUACAUAGGGAUCUAAAGCCAUGGCUAACAGGGGAUGAUGACAGUAUAAUAAUCCAGAUCCUGAGAGUGCAACAACAACAGCAUGGCCAGCUCAAGACUGAGAUGAAAAACCCAAGCCGUGCAACCUGGCAGCAACUUGUGUGGUGUGACAGAGGUGUCUUACCAACAUUGGUGUCGCUGCUGCUCACCUGUGUUUUCCAUGGCUUUUGUCUUGGUGGUUGUGAGGUAUAAGAACGUGCUUUUUCAAAAGACUAUAAGGUUGCAAACGGCUAAGUAAUCACAGACUCACUCAUAGGGCGUACCUUUAGAAAAGCUUGUGGUUAGGAUGCUCAUAGAUAAGGGCCUUUUGCAACUGAAAUGCUGUUUAUUGUAUGCUUCGCUGAUAUGGAACUCGUUUACACCCACUAGUGAUUGGGAUGUGGCUUUAUCACUUGAGUCAAUGUGUAAAAACAUAAGAAACAUGGACCAAAGGUAAUCAAGGGUGGUAGCUGCCAAAAUUAGAGUAAUGGUGUAAGAAAUGAAAAUGUUGCUUUUCAUAUAAAAGCCACAAGGCCACGGCUAUGAUGUUGCUUUGCUCAAGACCAUAGUUACUGGAAAGCUUCAGGCAUAAUGUUGCAUUGUACAAGGAUGCUAGGCAAUCUCAGAGAAGCAGGCAUCUUGCUGACACCUGGUAGUGGUCAGAACGUGGGUGUGAUAAGUAGACAAGCGUCAGCAAGUAUAGAGAUCAAUUCACACUUAUCUCCAGGUAUUUUUGUUUGGCUUAGCAUGUAGUUGCAAAGGAAAUAGACCAAAUAAGGGAAAUAAUGAAUAAUGUUAGUAGGGUAAUUAGGUGGUCAUGAUAGGCUGUAAACUUUGUAGUCACCACCCAAGGGGGAGACAAGGGAGGGACCUGCGCUUCGGGUGUAGGGGAUAUAAGCUUGUGUCUGCUACUUUUGGACACCCACUCUUGCAAGAACACUUUUGCAAUCAAUUAAUUCUUUGCUGCUUCACCAAUUUUGUUCAGAUUUUAUUUUGAAGGUCUCAGACCUACUUCUAACAGUGGUGUGGAGUUUUCCCACAGCACCUGGACAAGGGAGAGGAAGGGUGGCAUGCUGGUAAGGUUUGGGCCAUGCAGGUGCACCAACAGGAGCGCCUGAUUGGUUGUUCCACUGGUGCAGCUGCAUGGCCCAGACCUUGCCACAACCCUUCUCUGUCCCUGUCCAGCCAAGCAGCAGCAACACCAGUGUUAGGAGGGUGGCUCCACAGCUCUGAUACACUAAGCGUGCCUUUACUUCUCCAGUCCCUGCAGGCUGAGCACUUGGCUUUCCCAGGACACAUAUGUGCAUCCAUGUGUCAAGCCACACCAUUAAAACUUCAACUCUGUAGUCCCAGGGCUAGGGGUGUUUUCCAUCCCAUAUUUAUCACAUGUGCCACCGUUUCUGUUCUAGAGCUGUUCAUCUUCUGCCAAAAACUCUGUUAUUCAUCUUGCUGCCCGCUGCGAUGAGAUUACAUAACUUGUGUAAUUUACAUAAUUACAUAAUUGACAUCAUGGGCUCCUUUGGGAGGGUAGAACAUUAUAUGAACAAAUAUGUAAUAUGAAUGAACGAAUGUGUAAAUUGUGUUGUAAUUUCCACUCCAUAUGUUUUAAUGCUAAGGAAAUGUAAUGCAAAGGGGGAGUGGACAUAAUCAAUUAUGUAUCAUUUUGGACCGAAAGCAACAACAACAAACUGAUUAUAUUCACUGGAUUGAUUUCCGAUCCAGAUGUGGGAUGCAUAAGCGAACAUUGGCAAAUUCAUUUCCAUCAGAAUUCUCUGCACAUCCUACUUGAGCCCAAGUGUUCUUUUUUGGUAGAGAGUGGGAGAAGAAAGCUUCUUUUAGUUGCUCCUUCUUUGGCUGAUGGAUGGGACCAAAUUGGUCUCUUCCUUACCUUGAUGUUCUUCCUAGGAGGCAAAGGGAGCAGCUCCCAACCAGCCCUUGGUCCCCUGGCCAAUGGCUGUGGCCAGAGCAUAUUUCUCUUCAGUUCUGCAGUCCCAGGGCAAUUGGCCGUUGGAGCCGAGUGCUUUUGUUGUCAGGGAGUGGGGAAGCAAGCUCCAUUUCUGGUCAAUGGUUGGGCCCCAUCUGGACUUCCCCUUGCCUUGGUAUUCUUCCUUGGAAGAAGGGGCUACACAGCCCUUGUAAAAAAUAAAUGUGUGCGUGUGAAAAAUAUAUUUUCCAUGAAAUGCAGAAUAAUGCUUCCCUCAUGGAAGGAGACAUUUAUCACUAUUAUACUGUUAAUUCACACCAUUUAGUCCUCUAUUGCAUUUUCCCUGAGAUCCAUUAUAUGUAAUAAAUGAAUCUACUUAACUAACACUCUGGAAUUGCAAACUGCUUGGGGUAUAUUAAAAGAAAUCGCUGGCACCCUAAACAGAUAACCUGCAGGGGUACGUUUAUAGAAAACAAACUAUAUUGUUUAUGGUAGAAAGCACCCUCUGGAUGAUUCUGUGCCCAGGACAGAGCCAAAUCAAGGCAUUUUGCCCAGGCAGAGCAGCAAAUGGUGGCUUCCCAACCUCUAGUCAAGUACCAAGGCUGACUGGCCCAGUUAUUUUUUCACCUGAUGCAGAAAAUCCCACAAACACCUCUUCCUGAGAUUCAAACAAUGACAAUAAUAAACAGAUAAAUAACUAUUUGCAGCCCUUUCACGUUACUUGGCUUUCCCAGGUGACAACCUCCUUUUGCCUAAUAACAGGGCCGGCCCAAACCCAGUGGGAAAAUUAAGUCAGGCCCUUGUAAUGUGAAUGAGCAUUUCUGUCCAAUAUGCAGGCUUUACAUUUGCAUUACAAACCUGUCUGAAGCAGGAGCUGCUUGAAGCCAUGUGUAAGAAUGCGCUCGCUCUCAUUCACAAGCUAAGCAGCCCUGGGCCUGGAAGAGAAGCCAUGAAGUAUAACUAUGCACAUAUCCUGUGGGAAAUCCUUCCAUGUACAAAGCUCCUCUGUUGCCCCCCCACCUCCCUCCCUAACACUACUUAGGAUAUUUGUAUGUGUGUGGUGAGGGAAACUCGGCACUCUUAGCUGGGCUGUGUGGAAACUUCUGUCUCUCUUCAGCUUCCCACUCCCCCCCCCCCACCUGAGCUGCGUCACAUUCAGCACACACGACUUCUCUGUCAGCCAUUCUCUGGGCCGUGAGUGCAUUCUUUGUUCCACGGUGCCUUAAACGCAUAUGGGAAGGAUAUACGUCAUGGGCCCACCUUGGACCUGACCUGAUGUGCAAUGUGUGUUCAAAGUAGCUGCUUAGAAUGGUGGAAACAGGAGAGACCACUGGAGUCUUGUAGUUGUUUUGAGACCCUUGCUGGGAGCUGGUUGUUUGUCCAUUACGCCAGCCCCCAAACAGGCAACUCAGGGACAUAUUAUUAUUAUUAUUAGAAACAUGCUGAGUCAGUCUAUUGGUUCACCUAGCACAGUACUGGCUCUACUGGGGAUAGCUAGUGUGAUGGCGACCUCCAGAUAUUAUUAUAUUUAUUAACAUCGAUCUAUUGAUCGCAUACGCCCCAAGUGCCUCAAUUUUCUAGGGACAGUCCUGAAAUUCUAAAAGCCAUCCCAGCUUCUGAUUUGAUCCCAGUAUGUCCAUAUUUCCCCUGCCGGGGCUAUUCAGUCAAAGUCUUCUGCUCAUAGGUUCAAGGCGCAUAGGGGAGAGUAGAGAGCUACCAAUGAGAACUUUCUGAAAAAUAAGUUUGGGUCUUUUCUUCCCAGGUUUGACUACCAGGAACUUUUGCACAAUUCCACCUUCUGCAUCAUUCCCCGAGGGAGACGCUUGGGGUCCUUCCGGUUUCUAGAAGCACUACAGGUACAACAAAAAGUGUUUUUUGUAUUUACAGAUAUAAACCGGUUUAAUAGUUGUUACUGUUUAUCAGGCAACUGUUGCUCACAGAAGGUACAGAGAGCUCUAGGAGGAAGGUGGAAGAAAGAAACUUUCUUCCCUACUUCCUCUUUCAGCUCUUUGCUUUUCAGAGGAUUUAUCCUUUUAAAUAUACUGAUGGGUGAGAAUUUUAGUUUUUGUUUCGUUCAUUGCUCUUUUUAUCUGAAAAUGAUACUGAAGCAAUCAAAAUUUGUAGUGUAGAUGUACCACAUUCAAGUGCACUGCAGGUAUCAGCUGUUUUACGAGUCAUUCCCAUUUCCCCAUUUCCUUAAACUGUGAGAUGUAAUUCUUUAAAUGGAAAGUGCAGUGCUUUCUCUCAGCACAAUUCCUAAACUACAGUUCCUAGGAUUUCUUGUGGAGGCCAUGACAGUUUCUAGAGUAGAUAUGCCUUCAGCAAGCUCAGUUCCUUUCAAUCAAUGGUGUAAUGGAGGCUGAGGACACAGGAAAGACUUUUCAAAAGCAGGAGUAGUGCCACCAUCUGCUGACGCACCAAAAUUACUGGUGGACUCACCUGGCUCUGACUAGUGAAUGAAGUGAUAAUAAGGCUUAUUUGAAACAGAUUGGCACAGAGGAAGUUAGAGAAAGCGGAAAAUAACCAAGCAAGACAUAGCUACUUCUUUCCUUUCCUUUGAUGGGGUUACUUCUUCACACCAGCAGUUUAAUGGUAACUUUCUGGCAUUCUUUGCAUUUCUAAUUCAGAAUUGUGGCAUUUCAUCUAACUGAUGAUCUGCCAUUAAAGCUUAAUGUGUGUGCAUAUCUUUAUUAUAUACUGAAAAAUAAUGGAUCAGCAGAGAUGUGUACUUUUAGGGAUUCUCCUUGAGGGUAUAUGAUAGUGAUGGAGGCAUUUCUCCACUCUCUGCCACCUCCUACCAAUUUUCUUGAAAACUGUAAUGGGUGGGAAGAUGAAUUGCGUGGCUGUGGUGGCCAGGAAAGAGGCCUGGGGGGGGGGGGGGGGAGAGAGGUCAAAGGCCCUGAAACUCUGCAAUUCAGGUGAACCUAUGAUCUGAGUAUUUGUUAUAUAGGUCAUUUCCUGAGUAUUAAUUAUCAUCAUCUUCAUUAUCACCAUAAUCAUCCAGCUAUUAAUUUAGGGGAAGCCUGAUCAAAAGAAGCAAAACCCCUCCUCAUUUCUAUACAGUGCUUUUUUCCUGGGGGUACGCAUACCCCUAAACAUUUUCUGAAUCUAAGUUUGGCCUCAUUGAGGGGCAGUAUUUCAAUAUGAGUAGGAAAAUGAGAGUACCCCCUAAACAUUUUUUUUAGGGGGGAAAAGCACUGUUUCUAUAUACCGUAUUUUUCACUCUAUAAGACGCACCAGACCACAAGACGCACUUAGUUUUUGGAGGAGGAAAACAAGAAAAAAAAUAUUCUGAAUCUCAGAAGCCAGAACAGCAAGAGGGAUCGCUGUGCAGUGAAAGCAGCAAUCCCUCUUGCUGUUCUGGCUUCUGGGAUAACUGUGCAGCCUGCAUUCGCUCCAUAAGACGCACACACAUUUCCCUUUACUUUUUAGGAGGGAAAAAGUGAGUCUUAUAGAGCAAAAAAUACGGCACGUCCCUUACUUGGGAAUUGGAUGUCCUAGUACAUUGCUUCCCAGAAACAAGCAAUAAUAUUUUAUUUAGCUUAAUCUCCAAUUGAGCAUAAAUUCCCCAAGCCUCUCCAAGCCCGUUUUCUUUAUACUAGGUUGCUGCAGAGGUUCAGGUUGUGUGUGUGUGAUUCCCACCUACAAACAGGCUCAUCUUCUGGCAGCUCAGCCAGAAAGUGUGUAGGAACAGCAAUAGAGCACUUGUAUGACACACAGAGGUUGCCAUUAAAUCACUCUUCCUAGCUCAGCAGGAAUUUCAAAGGCUGCAACGUUAUGCACACUUACCUGGAAGUAAUCCCCACUGAGCACAGUGUGGCUUGCUUUUGAGGAAGCAUGCAUGGAUUUCUGCUGUUCAUCCUAAAGCUACCUCUGCCUGCUCCCCCCCCACCUGCACAGCUCUCUUUCUUCUGUCUCUUUGAUCUCUGUUCCUCGUCUCUCAUUGAUCCAGGCCGCCUGCAUCCCGGUGCUGCUCAGCAACGGCUGGGAGCUGCCAUUUUCGGAGGUGAUCGACUGGAGCAAAUCAGCCAUCGUAGGGGAUGAGAGGCUCCUGCUGCAGGUAACAAUGCCUGCACUGUGUUAACAACCCGAGCCCGGCCGGCAGCCUGGUACAAGAAGGCACAGCAUAAGCGGUCCUCUGUGCAGGGCUGUGCUUUUCACACAGAGCACUGUAGACUUACUGUAUAGCAGCAGGCGAGAUUGUGAGAUCAUCACGGCUCUGGCCUGAACUGUUUCUUGGUAGAUCAUGCAUCUGAAGAGUCCAUGAGGGAAAUGGGUGCUCUCCGUUAAUCUGAGGGUGCAUUGACAGGAGUAGUGCCUGAAGUAAUGAAAGACAUCUAAGCAGUUAUUUACGGAGGGUGAUAUCCAGUGCUUUUUUUUCUUAAAAAAUGUUUAGGGGUACUCUCAUUUUCUGACUCAUAUUGAAAUACUGCCCCUCAAUGAGGUCAAACUUAGAUUCAUAAAAUGUUUAGGGGUAUGUGUACCCCUGCGUCCCCCCCAGAUAAAAAAAGCACUGGUGGUAUCCAACUAAGGCCCCAUGUGCACCGUACAUUUAAAGCACUGGUUUUAACAGCCAUUUUCCCCCUGCAAAGAUUCCUGGGAGCUGUAGUUUCAUUAAGGGUGCCGGGUGUUGUUCAGAAACGCCUAUUCCCCUCACAGAGCUACAUUUUGCAGGAAGGCAGGGCAAUGCUCAUCACCCUUAACGAACUGCAGUUCCCAGAAUGCUUUGGGGGAAGUGGUAUGAUACUGUCCUAAAUAUAAGAUGCAGAAGUUGCCUAACAGUUUUUAUUAUGGCAUGAGCUUUUGUGGACUUCAUCAGAUGUGCAAGCCUAAAUUUAAAGGUCUUGUGUGUGUGUGUGUGUGUGUGUGUGUGCGCGCGCGCAUAUGCGUGUGUACCCACACACGCACCCCUCCACAAUAGUUAGCGGUGAGGUCAGAGUAAUGAAAUGCAAAAACUACACGCUGUUACCAUUACAUUAAAACUUAAAUGUACAGUGACCUAAUCAUUGCUAAUGGUAGUACAAAAUUCCUGGCACUGGUGGAGCAAUUAACAUCUAUAUUGGGAUAAAAACCUGUUAUCUUGAUUCAGGUCAUAGGUGAUAAUAUUGUAUUUCUUAAAAUAGUGGUUUCAUGCCGGAGUCUCCCUUUGAAGCACAUAGUAACUUAUUUCAUUGCACUGACCACAAAACCAAAGGUUUUAUGGACUCCCCACCCCGCCCCAAGUUCAGAAUAUUCAGACUUCCCAAGUAUGAAAAAUGUAACCUGCACGAAUGCAUCUUUCAGGCAAUGCCUGCUGUGCAGCUUGUUUGGCUGACUCAACAUCUUUACCCUUCACUUCUGAGGGCCCCCCGCUGCUCCUGGUUUUAAAGCCAGUAUGUCUGGGUAUAUAUUUGUGAUUGGUCAUAAAUCACUCUGCUUCCUCCCCCCCCAUCCCUCUACCUCCUCACAGAUUCCAUCUACAGUCCGAUGUCUCCACAGCGACAAGAUCCUGGCCUUCCAGCAGCAGACCCAGUUCUUGUGGGAAGCAUAUUUCUCCUCUGUGGAGAAGAUUGUGCAAACCACCCUUGAGGUAAGACACAAGAGUCUGGGCAGCUGAUUCCUUCGAUGGGCCAGCUCCUUGUUCAAGGUUAAUUGUUGCUGAACGGUUUGGACCGAAGAGAGUAGAUGGAUCCAGGAAUACUGCAGGAGGCUGACUUCGUCAUUGAUGGGGAAUCUAUUUUGGCUGGCUGGCCAGAUCCUUAUCGCCUUUCCCCUGGAGGGCCCAAUGAGACAGGUGGGUGGGGUCUGACACACUAACUAAGAACUGCCUUGUUGGAACAAACCAAAAUGCCCAUGGAAUUCAGAACCUGGCUUUCAGCAGAACUACAGCAGAUGUUUGCAAGCAGGGCAUAUGAUGUUGGCAACCACUCCCUGGCUACAGCCUCUGACCAUUUUAUCAUCCAUGCCAAGUUGUCAGUGAUUGGACAGAUUUGCAGAGGAAAAGCCUGUCAUUUGGUUUGUACAUACAGCAAUUUUAAAAUAAUAAUAAUAAUCCAUUUAUGCAAGUGAGCAUCCCCUUUCAGUUAAACUGAAAUGAAUAAGAGGAAAUGUCUCCAGAGGCCAUGGCUAUUGCUGGUCAUAGAACAGUUGUAGACAAUUCUGCUUUGUUUAGUGGCUGAAAAAUUACGGGAAAUUAUGCCUUGAUCAGGAAGCCUGGUGAUGCAUGGGAACUUCCAGAGCUGCACUCCUUGCCCUAGUGUUCCCAGCAUUAAAGGAAACUGAAAACAUUUUCACUGCACACUUUUAUUUGAAACUGUAAGAAGAGCUGUGCUGCAUUAGACCAAAAGAUCUGCCUGGUCCAGCAUUGUUUCCUCAAAGCAGCUCAACAAAUGCUUCUGGGAAGCCAUCCAGGAAAACCUGAAGACAACAACCUCCCUUUGUUUGCCCCCCCCCCAAGCUAAACUGCCUCUAGAUGGGAAAGUUCUGUAGGAAUUAUGAUUAAUAGUUGCUGGUAGACUGAUCUUCCUCCAUGCAUUUGUGAAAUAUAUUAAAACAACCUAAGCCAGUAGUCAUCAUUGUGUCUUGGUGGCACUGAUCCCUGUAAGUGCAUCGAGUGAAAUAGUGCUUCCUUUUCUCUGCUUUGAAGCAUAUUUUUUUUAAAAAAACCUUAAGUUUCUUUCGAACCUUUCUUGCAUAAUAGAACCGAACAUUGCAGGCACUGAUCAGAUCCAGAUCUGCUUAGUUUCAGCAAGGUGGUGGUCCCAUGUGCCUUCAGAUUAUAUACACUGUCACCUACAGCCCACACACUUCAGUACUUUACCCUGAGUUACAAUAUUAUGAGAGGAGGGAUCUUCAUCAACUCUUCCCAUGUCGUUCAUAACUUUAUAAUGCUGUGUUGUGCCCGUCAUUUGUCUGUUGUUGAUGAAUGACUGUUGUUGCACUUGAGGAAAGACUAGAGAGAUUGAUCGGGGGUGUCUGGGGCGAUACUGGGCCAAAAGCAUGCUCAGAUCCUGCAUGUACUGAUUAAGACAAGUCAAACAAGCCUUGCAAAACUGAAGACAGUGAAAGCAAAGCAACACGCUUUGUACCAAGGCCUCAGGGCCUCUGCAGGUGAAGCCUGCAAAUCAGUUUGGAACACCUGAUCUGCUGGUUCAGUCCUGAGCUCUUGGCAGUACCUUGUCUCCAAUGUGAGGAAGAUAAGUAAGAUUAAUAUUCCAAGAGGUCAGCUGCAAGUAAAUUAAGAUUAGAAUUAGAUUAGAAUCAGUGGAAUUGCAGACUUUAGCAUGGUGUUUAGAUCCAUAGCUUUUCAAAGCAAACACACAGACCACAUUUGCCUUAAGGCCCAGUGAGCAAUUUGGGUGCAUCCAGUGCUGUAAGAGGUGUCAGCCUGAUCAGUGCCUGUAAUUGUGUAAUUGUCUACUGGGUGCCCCAUGAAAGCCUCUCGAAAAGGGGAAGAGCUGGUUCCUUUCAGUCCAAGCAGGAAUAGAAAGCAUUAGGACAACUGCAUUGUUUGUUUCCAUGCCUGGUUAGCAGCAGGAUAAACAAAGUGGUGAGAGCUUAGACGAACCCCUGCAGUUUACAGCUGCUUGUCUAAACCUGAACACCUGAGCCUUCAAAGCUUCCCUGAGGUAACUCAGCAAAAAGGCAGAGGCUCAGGUCAUGGGGAACACCUCCUUUUGCAAACUGUCCCAAGAGAUGCUGAGCAGGUGACAAUCACCAAUCCAGGGUUCUGCUCAACAGGAAUUCUGAACCCCCUCUCCCCCCCCCCCAAAAAAGGCAGGGAAAUUUGGGUUGGAGAGAGAAAUAGCACAUACAGAUAAAGUGUUGCUGGCCGUCUUUUUUCAUCCCUUGCUAAUGGAAGCUGCUUGUCAGGCGAGAUGGAGCCGCUAUGCUAGCUUCCCCACAGGUGGGCAGCAAGAUGGUUGGUGAGGUGCAAACGCACCAGCAGGAACACCGAAUUAGCUCCAUCUGAACAUUUUCAUUGCGCAGAUCUCCCUGCUGCAUCUCCCCUGCCGACUUUCCUUCCCAGUAAGCUGCAGGGACUCUCCUGCUGGGAAGCGGGCUUAGUGGCUCCCAGCAAGCCCCUUCUGCUUGUUUAUCUCUCUCUCCUAAACAGCUAAUCUGCUUUGACUUCUUCACCUCUCAACUCCUGGGGAAUAUUAACCAAUAUUUUAAAAAGAGAUAAGAGAAUGAUAGCCACCAGCCCCUGUUUCCCUGUGUGUUUACUUAUUAUGUUCCUCUCCAUUGUUCUCUGCCUGCCUCCAAAGGGGUCUUUGGAAUUAUUAAUAUUAUUAUUAUUAUUAUUAUUAUUAUUAUUAUUAUUAAAUAUUUAUUUAUACCCCAUAUUUUUCCCUGAUGGGACUCAAGGCGGCUUACAUAUAAAAAUAAGAACCACUAAGAACAUAGGAGAAACAGUCAUUGUAAAACCAUAUACAUAUUUAGACCACCCCUUCCAUUGAAAGCAGCCAGUUCCCCAAAGCCUGUUGAAACAAAAAAGUCUUCACUUGCCAGCAGAAGGACAAGGAGUCUAGUUUCUCUAGGGAGGGAGUUCCAAAGACCGGGAGCAGCCAACACUUUAAGCCUGUUUCAUGUGCUGCUUUGUGCACGCAUGUAAAAUAUAGCGAGGUUCUUGUCCCAUUGUAGGAAGGGCUAUAGCAGGGGCGGGGAACCUUUCUGGCCCGAUGGGACAGUUUUUUUCAACUCCACUUCCCAGGCCAAAUUUGACAGGUGUCAAUCACCUGUCAAUUAUCAGGCACCAUGUGGGAAUGAGCAAGCAGUGAAGCAGUCUUAUGCAGGAUUAAAUGCUCUGCUCAUCGGUCAAUGAGUGGAGGGUUCAGUUCUGCUAUCUGCAUCACCAGUGUGUGUUCCCUGCAGGGAGUGCGCAGGUGGAGCAGCACUUUGCAGCUAUGAACUAUGUUCAUCAGGUAGGCCUGGUUUCAGGGGGAAAUAGCUGUUUGGGUCAAAUUGAACACCCUUGCAGGCCAAGACUGGCCAGCAGUCAGAGGUCAACAGUGUCCCCCCCCCAAGUUUCCCCCCAUCUGCCAUAAGGUAACUAUGGAAGCUCACCCCACAGGUGAAUUUUGAACUGGGGUUUCUUGGCUUGCAGUUCAGACUCUGGGUGUCUGUGUGCCCCUAGUCCAGCCUUCCUUACCUUGAAGUGAGGAGGGCGGUUUGCAGAUGAUCUCACAGGCCGGGUGACGCCCUCUCAUCACCUGUCAGGUGCUGACAGCUUCAGGAGCGUAAUGCUGCUUGCGUGAUGACAGCUUUCUUUCUUUUUCGUCAGAUCAUAAAGGAUCGGAUAUUUCAUCAGGAAUCCCGCCCAAAGUUCUUCUGGAAUGCCCUUCCAGGAGGGCUGCUGGCACUGCCAGAAUACUCCACCCACCUCAAUGACUUCCCUUUCUACUAUCUGCAACAUGGUAAGGGACUCUUCCCCUCUCCCCCCCCCCCGCACCACCCCCACUGUCACUUAACACAUCACAUUAUGCCUUCUAUUUGCUUUUUAUUCCAUUAGAGAUGGAUAAAUCUGUCAGUUUCAGUUUCCCUUCUGUUCUCUCCCCCCACCAACCUUAAGUUCAUUUCCACAUCAGUCUAUCAUCCUCAUGAAUUUUUUUUCCAUCUUAGCACACAUCACAUAUUUUUGCAAGCAAUUUUCCCCGGGAUGAUACAUUCUGUAUAGUUAUUUCUCCCAAUAUGUGCACUUUUAUGUGUAUUUUCUCUUAAUAUGCACAUUUUUGUACAUGUGGCUUGGUUGGAGAACUGAAUCACAAGUGCAAAUUUUGAAUUAUUUUAUAAAAUUUGCAUAAUAUUUUGGAAAGCAUGAACUGAAUCAAAAUUCUCACCCAUCCCUAAUUAUUACAAUAACAAUUACUGUCUUAUUUAUGCACAGUCCUUACUGUGAUGCCUGAGUGGGUGACUCCCCCUACAUAUUUUUGCUAUAUCCUCGGUAAACCUUGGAGCUUACCCUUGCAUGCUGAUACUGUCCUCUUGUUUUUUCCAGUGGUCCCAUUUUAGCUAUAAUUCUGCCGGCAUCUGGCAGCUGUGUUUGCUAUUAGAAGGAAUGAUGGUUAUUACUGCACCAUCAGGGCACAUCCUUGCACAGAGGCCUAUAUUCCCAAGGAGCCUGAAAGCAAUGGAAGGGAUUAAACGAAGUUACGGAGGGUAGAGCAGGCAGGGCUGCCCACCUGUCAUUCACACCUGAUGCCAUAGUGAUGGCAGGUAAUGCUUCUCUUUGAAGGCCCGAUUGACAAGGCUUCAAAGUAAACUGCAGAGCUUUCAAACAGCCCUUUGUCAACAUCCUCACACAGGGAUGUUUACAAAGGGCUUUCAGACCCCCCCACCCUUACCCCCACAUUUCUCCUUCAAACUGCGGAGCUUAGAAGAAGAAGAGGGGGAGUGUUGGAGGUGCAUUCACACCCACCCUCCACACUACUCCUUUAAACCUUAGCAGAGGUUUGAAGGAGAAACUCAAGGAGUGUUUGAAAGCCUUGAGCAAGGUGUACUCCUACUGCUCACCAGCUGAUGGGUGGGAGCGCACAUUCAGAUGCCUCCCCUCCAUGCUUGUCCUUCAACCCUCUGCUGAGGUGUACACUAGAAAUAGAGAAGGGGGCAAAAAGAUAAUAGCAACACCAACUAUCUGGUACGUAAUGGAAGGGUAGGUGCCGCUACAAUAGAGCAGCGGCAUAGCGUGGGUUGCCGGUGCCCGGGGCAUGGCAAGUGUUGCCCCCCCCCAGUGGACUGGGCAGUUAGGGUUGGGGGCCUUUGCCAGGAGGGCCCAUGCAGAGCCCAUGCAGAGGGUGAAUGGAGCCUGCUUCAAACAGGCUCCUGGCCCUCUGCCUCCAUCCACCUGGCCACUAGACCAACCCGCCUGCCUCCACGCCUCGGCUGCAAAGGCUCUGUACCUGUCGUAGGGGUGCCUGAUUAUAUCCCCUCAAAAAUGUGCACCAGGGGCCAUGGUCCCCCUAUACCCACAUGCUACGCUUUUGCAGUUGAGACCUAGUUCCCGUGUCAUGCCUAAUGGACCUCCUGCUGAGAUGGUAUCAGUUGGAGGCCUUCCCACAGAGUGCAGUGAUAGGUACUAAGAUGAUCUUUUAGGUUUCCUGGUCCCAAGUCAUACAGGGCUUUAUAAACCUUGAGCAGCCAGUGCAAUUCUUUUAGCAAGCAGCAUCACAUGAUGGGCAAUAUUCCACCCAACAAUCCCCUAAGCCGCUACAUUUUGCCCCCUUCUCCCUCUUUGCCCUUUCCUCUGUUGUUUUGCGUUGCAUUACAGAUGGCAAGUUCCUUGGGACAGGCAGGGCCGCAUGGAAAAGGUGGGGCACGAGGAGCGGUUUUGGUAUUUCAUACUAAUUGUGUUUCUCCCUGUAACAGGAUCCAGCCCCUCCAACAAAUUUACAGCAUUCAUCCGGGCUGUCUCGCCUAUUGUCUCCCUUUCUCAGCCCAUCCUCAAGCUCAUCCAAGCUGUCUCUGGGUCCCAAUACUGCGCCCAGGUAAGCAGGAGGUGUGGUUUGUCCUACCUACGGUAUAGUACAAUGGCUUUCUGGGAGAAGUGCACACCCUGACCUCUAGGUUCUACCACCUUGUCCCCACCUUUAUUCUUUCCACCAUUCAGUGGAGUAAGGUAACUUUAGAUUCUGGUCUUAAUACUGUUAUCAGAGGAGCAGAGGGGAGAGGAACUGUUUUGAUCAGGUCUGAAGAAUCUUUGGCCCUCCAGAUAUCGCUGAACUACAACUCCCCUCAUCCCUGGCCAUUGGCCAUGUUUGCUGGGGCUGAUGGGAGUUGUAGUUCAGUGACAUCUGGAGGCCCAAAGGUUUCCCUGCACCUGCUUUAUAUGCUCAUAUGUAUUUCAUCACUUGCAUCAAAUGGUGAUAUGUUAACUCUGCUGCAUUUGGGUGGUCCUUGUGCUCAUUCUGUUGAACAGGGCUGUGGGCUUCUGCCCUAAAGUCUGCCUUGAUGGUGCCAAUGUAACAAUUCCUGUCCUACUGCUGCUGCCCUUUUUUUAAAAAAAAACUCUUUAGUAAUCUUUGAUGAAGUGAGACAUUCUUCCGCUCCUCCAUAAAUAUGCACCCAUCCCAUAUGCACCAAGGCAAAAUGUCAGAGGUGGUAUAUUUCUUCCCCUGGAAUGGUUGGCAGCUUGGAGGAAGCACCUGGGUGGGCAUACAGCCACCGCCGCUGCCAGCAGGUGCUCACCUCUCCUCCUACCUGCGGGGCAAGUCCUGUCAGCAAUUAUGUCUUGCUGAAGAAGAACUCUGCCAACAGGCCUCACCCAUCUCAGGCCACCCCAGGUGCUCAGAAAUGCACAGCAGCAAAUUGGCCUGGGCACGCCAGCCCAGGAUGCCCUUGCACCCUAGAUCCAGGCCAUGUUUACUCUGAAGUAGGGGUAGGGGAGAGAGCUGAUUCAGCUCGCAUAUGAAGUGUGAACUAAAUUCGCACUUUCCGAAGCUGCAUGUGAACCAAAAUGCCAGCUUUCUUUCCAAAUCUGUGUUUCUGCGAAUUCUGAGAGGCAGCUCUCCAGCCACGUAAUGUGUACAAUUUCGAUAAAAAAUGCAUAUGUUGGUGAAAGUUACAUUCAAAAAUGCAUCGUAUUAGGGGGAAUGGCUUGGCAAAAAUGUGUCUGUUAGGCGGAAAAAUUCACAGUAAAAUGCUACUGAAUUUUCAUAAGGAUCUUUAUUUAAAAAAUAAAAAAUAAUUAUACUUUUAUACAGAAACAUAGAAUUAUAGAGGCUCUUCUAGUCCAACCCCUUGCAAUGGAGGAUUCUUUUGCCCAGUGUGAGCCUCGAACCCACGAUCCUGAAAUUAAGAGUCUCAUGCUCUACCAGCUGAGAACUGAAUUUGGGGGAGGGAACUAAGAGAAACUGAAUUUAUACAUUUUACUCCAGCUGAACUUGUUCAAAGUACAUAUGUUCAGGCACCCAGUCUCAGGUGGUAUGUGGUAGACGAAAGACUGUGUUUUCUAUGGCGGGAGGCUGGGCUGGCUCAAUAUAUUUUGCUGCCUGAGGCCGAGUAGCAAAUGGAGCAUCCUGUCUCUCAAAUCAAAGUGUAUCACACUCAAGGCAGGUCAAGUCAUUACGCCCCAUGAAGCAGAUGGAACACCCCCCUGUAUACCUCUUCCUACUCCCUGCUUCUAAAAGAAUAGCUACCAAUUUGCCCUUUAAUGACACCCAGUAGCCUGAGGCUGCAGCUUCAUUCUGCCUGAUGGCAGGGCUGGCCUCUGAGAGAGGCCCAGCUCCCUUGUUUGGUCAUGCCACAAAAGAUUUGUGGCUUUGGGCUGCCUCCCAACGAUAGAGCCGGAAUGCCAACCCAUAAGAUGGUUGCGAGGAGAAAGCAGGAUAUUGAUCUGCAACCUAUUCACAACCCUGGAGGUAGGGCAGGAAAGAACAAGGGAAGCCUACAAAAAUGCAGCCAUUCUGGUCUUAUCCAAGCAGAAGCAGUGCUUGUUGAGGUGUCAUCCACAAUGGCAUGGCGCCAGCUACAACCAGGAGUUGAGGCAACUAGUUCCACACAAGCACAGCGCAGAGUGGAAAUUCACCUCUUCCCUUCUGAUUUGCUACCCUUAAAUUUUUUUUUUUUUAUCUCAGCUGUGUACACACCAUGGGAUUUAAAGCACCUUGCUAAAGUUUCUGGGGAUUGUAACUCAGUGAGUGGUAAACUACAGUUCCCACGAUCAUUUGCCCGGUAGAGGGUGUGCCUUACAUGUAUGGUAUGUACACAGCCUUUAUUGUGCAGGGUCCUCCCUGCCCUACUCAUUUUAUUGUUUAUGAUGAUGAGGAUCAUGUUUUGGUUGGCAAAGUGGAGCCUUGUGCUUUUUCUAGGGAUGAGGCAAAAUCCAUCUCCAUUUUGUGUCUUUUAAAAUAAUAAUAUGGACGCUGCAGGAUCAAUAUUUAGCUGAGUCAACCUGCGAUGAAAUAGCAGAAUUGUGAUAGCCAGUCUUGUGCAAAACCACCGUAUUAUUAGUAUUUUAAAGGUUGAUAUAUUUCCCCUCUUUUACUUUGUGAAGAAGAUCUUGAGAAAUUAGCUCCUUCAAGCUGGGUUCUUGAAUACAGGCAUGCCUCCAGCCUGCAACAGUCAGUGGAAGUAGGAACCCUCUUUUUGUCACUUGGUCCUCUGGAAAUAAAAUGGCCAUAUUGGGCAAGUGGAAAUAGGGAUGUGGCAAUAGAGAGCAGCCAAUGAAACACAACCUCACAAGUGACCAGUUGCCCACCCCUCCACACCAACUGUGACAGAAGCUGCAUCGUGGCUCAUUUUUACAAAUAGGAUUCUCCAUGGUAUGGGAAAAUCUGCAUGAAGUGUAACAAAAGUAUGGGCUGGCAUUCCAUUGCGAUGAUGAUACCCUGUGGAACCUGCCUCUGACAUGCACAUACAAGUCACUGAGAUCACACAACAGCUCUCCCGUGUGAAAUUGCACAAUAAACUCACAGCUGGAAGCAAGCUAGAUGGCCUAAGCGGCACUUUCCUUGAGUUCAUGAUUGUGAGUGGAAGAAAAUGCUCCUCAAACCUCUGCAAAAGAAAGAAGAAAAAAAGAGUGCAAGGUAGCCCACCCACAAUGAUUUCUCUUCCCAUGCACGAGUUCACUGCCACAAUGCAUGGCAAUCCCCAUGAGGGACAGCUGCAGAUUCCUGCAUUGCUGGGGGUUGGACUAGAUGAUCCUCAGGUUCCCUUCCAACUCUAUGAUUCUAUGGUAAUAGCUUCGGGAUGGCCAUAUUAGCACAACAAGUAAAGGCUGCUAGACAUGCUGGCCUCAUAAGAAGAAUGAUUUGCAUCCUUGGGGAAAUGUAGUUAAGUGAUAAAAGCUGUGUGCAUGCCAUACAUUUAAAGCACACAGCUUCCCCCCCCCCCCAAGAAUCCUGGGAACUGUAUUUUACCCCUAACUGAGCUACAGUUCCCAACGCCUUUAACAAACUACAGUUCCCACCGUUCUUUUUGGGGGGAGGGGAUCUUGUGCUUUAAAGCCAUAAAGCACAUGUUUUGCAUUCAGAAGAUCCCAGGUUCAGCUCCCAACGUCUCCAGAGAGGGCUCUGAAAGAUCCCUGUCUGAAACCCUGGAGAGCCCUUUCCACACCCAUCGUAGAUAGUGCUGAGUCGAUGGAAGGAUGCACUCGCCUGCUGUAAAAGGCCUCGUCCUAUGUUCCUGCGUUAACUUUCUAGCUCAUGCAGAAGGCAAAGAAGAUGUGGAGUGGGAAACUCAAAUCGCUGGAGAAAUAUAAAGCCUUCUUGCUAAAUUAAACGAAAUAGACCCAUUACAAUACGGCACUCUCCCCCAAGAGAGUCUUUUAUUAGUAACGAUGCUUUGCUUUUAGUAAUAAUAUUGAGGUUGUAUUAAAGCGCAUACUCUAGAUGUCAUCUAUUAGAGCGGAACUGUAAUUGCUUCUAGCAUGGUAAUUAUAUGGUCGACGGUAAGUAUUCUUUUCUAAAAGAAAGAAAAAAUUAGAGAUACAAACAUAAAAAUAAAUCCUUUGAAAUAGGAUGUGGGGCAGGAUAGUGAGUAGCUAAACACAAAGACAGUUGUCAUCAAUCCAGGGAAAGUUUCUCAUAAAAUGCAGCCUAAGGCUGACAUGACGCCAUUCAUGCAGGUAGGGAAGGUUUUCUUUCAGCCUGAUAAUGCUUCUUGCUUGCCUCAGUGGGAGGUGUGUGUGUAAGUCGAUAUUCUUGCUCUGCCCUCUUUUGCCCCUGACGCCACCCACCACUAGAAUUUGACCUGGAAAGUUGCCUAGAAGGGAAUGUACCGUACUUUUCCGUCUAUAAGAUGCCCCCAUGUAUAGGACAUCUGCUAUUUUUGGGGAACCUAAGAAAAUGGGGGGAAAUGGUACAGAGUUGUUGAGCUUUUUUUGUGGAGGAAUGCCAAAAAUCACUCACCCGCACUGCCUAUCGCCCACCCAACUGCUGGAGUGUCAACCAAUCAACACUACCUAUUGAUGCAGUAACCAAUAAAACGCACAAUAGCCGCUGACAGACGCAGCAGCAACCAAUAAAACAUCCACCCUAUGCACUACCCAUGUGUAAGACGACCCCCACUUUUUAGUAUGACUUUUAAGGAAAAAACUUAAUCUUAUACACGGAAAGGUGCAGCAACUCAGAGGCUGAAAUGGCUUCCCCAUCCCUGGCUCUGAUAUUUAACAACCACAGGCCAAGGAAUAGGAGACUUUAUACUAUUCUCUCCACUUUUUUUUGUUUUUAUACAAAACAUGGGUGAGGCCCCUGGCAACUCCCCGGUCUGUUUGAUUAAAAAGGUUAAUCAAGGUAAGGGUACUUUUAUUUGCUGGUGUAGAAGAGGGCUGGGCUGGCCUGGCCGUGGGUUUUGGAGGGAGUUACUGUAUGUACACACAGAGGCAAACACACCUUCCUUACUAUCUAAAUACACACACAUGCAAACAUAUUCAAAAAACCUCAAGCCCAGGCUGUCUGAUUACAUACAGAGAGGUUUGCCAGCUUUUGCACCUGACUUGUCCCUUUAAGGCCGUUUGAUUUGCAGCAAUGAAGCUGGAGACUGGUUAUUAAUUCCAUGCCAUUAAUUAGCUUCACUUGCUGAGUUCUGCAGACCAAAACUCUCUUAAAGUCCCAAAAGCAAGCCAGUUUCGGUUUGCUUGUUUUUAAAAUCUGGUCCGUUGGUGACCUUUCAUAUACAGCCUUUUGAAGUUAGGAUGGAGUGGGGGAAAGUUACCUUUUAUCUGAGAACUCCAGGUAGAUAAAAGCAUCUUCCUCCACCCUAAAGCUCUUUAAGAAAUGUGCACUACCUGCAAAGGGGCCAUCCUUCUGUUCUAUAUCACCUCCGACUCCCCCCCCCCUUUAUAAUUCGCUCUCCUUUUAACAUAACGAAGAUAAAACCCAUUUAUCCACCUUCCUCCAACUUUCAGUCAGCUGCUUGGAUGAAGGUGUUGGGCCAGCAUCACAUGGUCUACUCUACUCCAAGAAUGUUUUACCUGCAGCCUAUGGGGCCGUAUCCAGCCCACCAAGCCACAGGAAGUGGCCUGCCAGCCCUUGAAGCCAAUCAGAUUGGGAGAUAAAGCACUCUGCCUGAUCUUUAGAGAGCCACUUCUGGAGGGCAGCGAGAGCACUUUAUCUCAUGAUAUAAAAUCCCCCUGACUGCUCUUCAGAGAUCCUCUCUAAAGAACAGGCAGAGGGAUCUUUUAUCUCUGAUCCUAGUGUUGAGAUAAAAGCAGGAAGAGGCGUUAUCUCUUAAGAUGAAAAGGCAACAUUCCCCCUCACUCCUGAUCUGGGGUGGAGUUAGCCUUAGAAUGGUCUGUAGAAAGUAAAAGGCAACCCGCUCCCCAGCUGUGUGGUAGGGGGGGUUCUGGAAAUGUGUGUGUGCACACAUUUGUCUGUGACAGUUGACGCAUGAUUCUGUGAGUGAUAUGCCUCCUCUUCUUCUUUCUUUAAAUACAGAUUUUAGUUUUAUGGAGCUGUGAGAAGCCACCCCCACAGAGCAGUAAAUGGCCGCAGACAACGGUACCUUUGACCAUCAUCCAAGGCAGCAGCAAGGUAAGCUGCCUUUGACUGCCGUGGAGGAGAUAUAGAAGUUAAAACAUUGGCAUUAACGUACCCCGGAUAAAUGCAAAUGAAAUUCUUCUUACAAUUCUUCACAGUAACAUAUCAGGGUUUAUUUUGCCCCGAGUUCUCUCAUUCCAAUAGGAAAUAAACAAACUCUGAUUUUUCAGUAAAGGUGUUAUCAUGUCUUCCCUGCCUAACCAUAACCAUUAUUUGUGAAUUUAAUCAUUGAUGCAAUAUGCCAGAUUUUACUUAAUCAUUCUUCUCCUUUUGGUAUUCCUUCCUUUUUUCAUGCCUGAUCUCUGGUCAUUCGUGCUGCAUGAAGUAAAUGAAUGGUCAUUUCUUGAUCUUCCUUCAAUACUGUUUUCUUGAUAUGCCUAAAUAAUACUAUGGGGUCAUUUUGAUCCAUGUCCCUCUUGUGUCUCCUUCUCUUCUGCUGAAGGUUAGUGACCGGUUUUUGCCUUACUCCGCCAUUGGGACAGAUGCGGUGCUGAGUCUGGAUGAACACACCAGCCUCUCAACCAGUGAGGUGAGGCAGCUCUCCUGAGCCUUUUAAUGGUUUGCUCGCAGACAUGGGCACCUGUAAUAUAUGGGCAUGCCAAAGGGCAUAAUAUUUGUUGGGCAGUGCCCUGCACUCACGCUCACAAUUGAAGAGACACAGCACAAAAGGAAAAGAGGCUGGGAGGGAGGAGGAAAAAAGCAAGCUUAGGCACUAAUUCUUAGAUAAUAAAGUUAUUGUAGUGAGCAACAGGAAUGGAAAUUUUUUGGGAGAUGAGUCAAAAGCUGCUGGUCUUUUAGCUGAGCUGCUUGGUAAGGCCUUGCACUCGCAUCUCUCUCCUUCUCCCGCAACUUGGUAGAAUUUCUCCUGUUCAGCUGGUGAACUGCCAGCAAGGGAAGACCUUUGCCUUCAUCAUCGUGAGCUGAGUGAGUUCCAGCUGCUCAGCCUUACUCCCUUGCCGCAAAGGUCCUCAGCGGGGAGCUGCUGCCUGGCAACACCAGGGAGGGCCAAGGAUGAGAGCAGGAAAUGCCGCCUGCAUCAGCCUGGCAUCAUUUGGGCACUGUGCUAUUUCUGUUUCCGAAAGGGCUGGUCCAAGACAUUUUACUGUCUGAGGUGGAGCAGCAGAUAUCACCCUCAUUCCCAGAUCAAGAUGAAUAACAGGCACAAGGCAGUAUAAAUAUUUGGCAUUUCGGGCAGAAAAUCCCCCAGACACCUUCCACGUCCCACAGCAGUGGUAAAAAAAACACAAUAAAAAUUAAAUAACCAACAAUUUCCAGCACUCCCAUGACAUCCAGUACCUGCUGGAUGAGGCAGCUGCCUCACUCUGCCUAAUGGCAGAGCUGGCUGUAUUCAUGAUACUACACUUGAAUAUGAUUGCAUUCUGCAUAUUGUUUGUAUGCCACCAUGAGAGCCUUGGGCGGUGGGGGAAGGGUCUGUAAAGCAGGAAAUAAGUAUUCUGAAUCAGGGGUUCCCAAAGUUUGGUCUGCAGACCACCAGUAGCCCCUGUACUUCAUUCAGGUGGUUCACAGGAAUGACUCUGGAAGCCAAGCCUUAUGAGGAACAGUUGAGGGAGUUGAGCUGGUGAUAGGGACAUAGGAAGGUAUCUUACACAGAGUCAGAUCACCGGUCCAUCUAGCUCAGUAUUAUCUACACAGACUGGUAGCAGCCCUCCAGGGUUUCAGGAAGGAGUCAUUUUCCUGGCCCUACCUGGAACCUAGGACCUUCUGCUUGGAAAGCAGAUGCUCUCCCACUGAGCUGAAGCCCUGGCCUUUUGAGGAUCAUGCAUUUAAUUGCUUUAGGGAGUGGUGAGCAAGGGAGAAGUGCUGUUCUUUCAAAUAGGGCUUGGAGGAGUAGACAGCUUGGGUGGGGAAGAUGUCAUUCUUUUAUUUAAAAACAUACAGGCGUGUUGACUUUUCCCACAGCAAAUGCAGCAAAAUGCUUAGUAAGUCACUUCUCAAACAGGCAAUCACCUGAAUGGCCACCAACUUGGGUGUCUUUAGAAGAGGAUUAGACAAAUUCCUGGAGGAUAAAGUUAUCAGUUCUACUCCCACACUGUCGGAGGCAGUGUGCCCCUGAGUACCUGCUGGGAAUCACACACUUAAGAAAUCCCCUGCACAUGGAAGAGUAGCAUUUCAAGGAGGAAGAUAGGCUCAAAUCCUUUCCUCUUGCCUUUCUGUGUGCAGGGAGUUCUUAGCAAAAGGGAAGCAUUCAAACAUGAGAUUGCCCCACCGCAUUCUGAAGUGGCACAGUCCUAGGAAGUAGAUACCACCUGCUCUUCUUUGCAUGGUUGGAUUGGCAGUUCUUGUUCCACAAUCUACUGAAAAGUGCUGGAGAAGGGAUGGUGGCUGGGAAGCAGUAUCCUUUCUUGGAAGAAUGGUGCACUUAUCCUCUUCCUUCUCUCUCUUCCUGACUCUCCAGGUUGACUUUGCCUUUGUGGUGUGGAGAAGUUUCCCCGACCGGAUUGUGGGCUUCCCUAUGCGCAGCCACUUCUGGGAUGCCAGCAAGAGCCAGUGGAGCUACACUUCAAAAUGGACCAAUGAGUUCUCUAUGGUCCUCACCGCAGCUGCAUUCUACCACAGGUACCUCCCCUUCCUCAGCUAUCACUACUGAUAAUUACAAGUGGAGCCUGCAACAAAAUGUUGCAGCGUUCUUCUGCUCAGCCUUGCAACCAGCCAGCUGUGCUCUCAUCUAGGGCGCUCCAUUCCAUUCUCCUCCCCUCCUAGUUUUCUGUUUUUUCCUUCCACCCCCAACCCCUCGCUUUGACUGUCUAUUGCCACUGAGCGCUGCCCCACCAACCUCAGUCCACCCUCAGCCCCCCCUUGCCUGCCUUCUUUCUUACAUCCAGUCCAGAGGGUGGCCCUGCUUGUCAACUUCCUCCUCUUUAGUCCCACUGCUGACUUUGAAGAAGAAGAAGAGGAGAGAAAUAGAAUUAGUUGACUCCAUCUGUCAUUGGUUCUGGCUGCUGUUGGGCUUUGGCUCCCCCUACUGUUGGCCUCCUUGCCUUCUGCCCAACCAGUUCCAAUGAGCACCAGCCCCAUCUGCCCCUACUAGACCACUGAUUCCCUGAACCGUCCGGAGAUAAGUCAGUAAUGCACCUGUUUCUCCUUUCCUGCCACUUUAUGAUGCCUCCGUUUCUGCCCCUCGACAGGUAUUAUCACAGCCUCUUCACCAAUUAUUUGCCUGCUAGACUAAGGAGCCUUGUUGAUCAGAUUGCCAACUGUGAAGACAUACUGAUGAACUUCCUGGUUUCUGCUGUCACCAAGCUACCUCCCAUCAAAGUGACCCAGAAGAAGCAGCACAGAGAGAGUCCCCCGCAGCAGGUACAAGGUUUACUGGCCAACAUGGGGAGUAGAGGGGAAAAGAGCUGAACAAGAGUUGUUUCCACAUCAUUUCCCCUCCAAUAGUCAUUUGGACCCCUGAAAUGUCACUCCAGAUCUGCCUUCCCCAAGCUGGUGCCCUCCAGAUGUUCCAAACUACGACUCCCAUCAGUCCCAGCCAGAGAAGUGCAAAUUUUGAACAAUAGCUGUUGUUUGUGCAUUGUGUUGGAAAGAAUUAGGUGUUUCCUCAUUAAAAUGCAAACAAAGUCACAUGUCUCCCUCAUUCCAUAGGCUAGACCCCGCCCUCCGCAUGGGGUGUUCACACAUAACAUUCAAUACGUGUACCAGGUGUGUACCUGUGCACAGACAUAGUUAAGCUGUACACUUGUACACAUGCUCACUUGCAGGGCUCCAUGAGUACACAACCUGUGUACACAAUGGCUGAGCUGUACAUCUCAACAAGUGCUCACUCUUUCACACAAACUUUCACAUGCAUUUAGAGUCAGCUUAUACCUGCGUUCAGUAUAAUGUGAACAGCCCUUAUGUGAAAUCUCUAUGUGAAUUGCAGAAAGGAGAAGCCACGAACCCUUGCAUGGCUUCCGAAUAGCACUUUUGCAACAUCCUUUUAUUUGCAGGGGGUGGGGGAUUAAUUCACAGCAAUGCGUCUGAACUCUCCCUCCCAUUGCCUGCCUUUGUUUCCCCUGCAGCUGUUGAAGAGCGCUCCCCCAUCCAAUGGGAACCUUCAUUUCUCUCAGCGCCAGGAGUGCGUCAAUCAGUUUGCAGCCUGGUUUGGGUACAUGCCUCUGGUGCAUUCCCAGUUCCGCCUGGACCCUGUGCUCUUCAAGGACCAGGUGUCCGUGCUGCGGAAAAAGUACCGGCAUCUAGAGAGAGCCUAGCUCCAGAGAGAGCAGGAGGAGACCUCUUCCCUCUGGGAGAAGAAAUCAUGCAGAAGGAGCACUGGCAGACUCAGCCCUCCCCAUAUUGGACACUGGGAAUACCUGCAGUGCCGUGGCACACAGAUGGGUUGCUGAGCUGGGACCCAUUCCAUCAGUAGCAUUGCAAGGAAGGAGACUUCAGACCCCCCCAUGGGGCACUGCACCCAGAGCCUUCUAACUUUCGAUACUGAAAGGAGGAAUACUCUCGUCUUGCUGGUAGCUGUGGAGAUGCCAGAUGAAUUUUCAGUCUUUAUUGGGUUUUACCAGUACAAAUAAAGGUUUGCAGGAAUUGGCUCUGUCUCUCCCUGAUUGCUUUUAACAGGACUGUUUUUUUCAUUGUCUUCACUUCAGAUAGAAUUCUCAGCAUUUUUUCUGACGUAACCUCAGUCGCUCGGAAUUUAUUGGCCUGAUCUACUAUGUCACCCUGCCACUCAUAUGCUGGAACUAGAGGAUACGCCAUAUAUGUGUGUGUGUUCAAUUUCUUUGUUAUUCCUUGCUUUCCAGCAGAUGCAGUUUUAAAAUAAAUAGGUAGGUAGGUAGAUAGAUACGUAUUGGGAGGGUGGGGUGGAAGAACUCUGCACAUGCUCAAAACAAUUUGUCCUUGCAUUGUUUUUUUCUUCUUUCUCCUGGUUUUUGAAUUGGAGGAAAAGGUUGUGGGUCCUAUCAUGAAAUAUGCUAUCUCCACCCUUUGAUUCAUGCAUUUUUAGCCAGUGGAGGCUGGUGCAUCAGGACAAAUGGGGCAGUGUCUUAGUCCAGCCUUAGUCUGCCCUCAGCACCUGCCUGCCUUUCUACUUAUAUCCAGUCCAGGGUGUGAAACUGCAUGUCACCUUCCUCCUCCUUAGUUUCAAUGUUGACCUUUCAGUUCUCAGAAGGAAGCAGGAUGUGGACAAAAGUACAAUUAGUGGGCUCUGGCGCCACCUACUGUUUGGCUCCCUGCAUUCAGCCUUGCUGGUCCCAAUGGGAACCAGCCACCACUGGUUUUAGCCAAAUCUUUUUCAUCUGUGGUAGCUGUCUAAAAACAGGGAUUAAGGGACCCUCAGAAAAGGUAAGGGGAUUGGGAGGACCCUUUGUUCCUCUGUGAUUUGAUAAGUAGAAUGUUUAUUUGUUUUAAACCACUUACUAUUCGAAAGGUAGGGUUGCCAUAUGUCCGGAAUUUCCCGGACACUGAAGUUAGAAGCAGUGUCCUGGAGGAAAUCGCUGAAAUGUCCGGGAAAAUACGAACAUAUGGCAAUCGAUGUUGGAAGUCUAGAUUUUGGCGAAUUUUCUUUAAAAUAGUUCAGAUUUUGCACACAAUAAAAAGCUCAGCAACCUU